AUUUAAAAAUAUAAAUAAAUAAGCAAAGUCCCUUAGCAGUUAGAUUGGUGGACCAAGCUCUGAUUGAUAAAUAAGAAAGCAGCUGUCUGGUAACAUUUUUAACCAGUUUUUAUCCAUUGAUUAGAGACCUCAAUGAUCUCCAGAUCACUAUAGGAGACACCUCAAAUAAAUUUAUGAAAUUUAUUCGUAAAUGUUCACAUUGGUCAUUAUCAAAUGAAGUAAUACAUAUUUUUGGUUUGAUGAUGCCUAUAUAAAGGUUUCACAUGGUUAUGACAGUUGAUUUUAAUCAACUAUAUGAUGUAUUGCAUAUAUUCAUAAUUCUGGAUGCGUAAGACUCCAUGAUUGUAAAAUGGGGAUUACUUAUGGUAACAGAUUUUUGUCUCAUGUGCACACCUUUGCUGCUCACAAAGACUUGUGAGAUUCACAUUCAACUAAAGAUCAAUAAGUUUUUCAAUAACACACAAAAAACUUCUUGUGUAUUAGAUAAGGGUGAUUGACUAAAAGGGAUAUUUUAUGUCAAACAAGAAUUUAGAUUAUUACAAAAAUCUCGUGAUUGUCAUGAUGCAAUACUAUGUACGGUUCUGAUUCUUGAUAUAUUAUGUAAAAUAUGCAACUGUUAAUACUGUAGGUAUUCAAAUGCUAAAAUGUCCAUGGAUAGAAGAAAAUAGGAUUCAUUUAAUGUUCUAAUAUGUUUCAUGUUUAGAUAAAAUAGUAAUAUUACACUUACUGCCUCUAAUAUACUGUAUUGUUAUGAAAAACUUCUUUUGGAUGUUUGAAAGCUAAGGUUUGGAAGCCAAAACUUAGAGAAACAGAUGGGCUAAAUGGAUAGCCAAUAUUUUGGCCUCAGCCCUUCUAGGGUGGUGGAGACCCAGGAUAUAAAAUAACCUCUGAUUGCAUCAUCCUAAGAUAUUCAGUGAGUCCCUGGUUGUCUCAUCAAGGAGAUGAUGAAACCACAGAGGAAAGUCACCUUCAAUGCAAGGUGUGCCUAAGAAGAGUCACAGGAGAAAAAUCUCCCAAGCUUUCACAGAGAGCAUCGUGGUGAAGCAAUGAUUGUGACUCUUCUAAGUGGCUGACACUGACAGAAGAGCCAUGAGGUGUUAUGCAUGGUUCUAAGAUAACUCCUGAGAAGACCUAAGUGACCUUGAUAGGAAGUUCUUUUGGCAACUCUUGGAGGUGGACUAAAUGUCUUUUGCAUAAUGGAUGUAUAUGAGUCCUGGGGGCCAGGGGUGGAAUGUCAUGGUUUAUGCCUGUGUCCCCCAGGCCUCAUGAGUUUGCAUUGUGCAUUUAUGAUGGUUCAUUGUCUAGUGUUCGGAUUGAUGGUGUCAGUCCUAAACCCACAUUGGGUGGAGCCAGGAUGUAAUUCAAUGGCAGGAAGAAGGUGUAUCUUGCUUUUUGCUGGUUCCUGUGUGCUUUUUGCAGCCUCCAUGAACUGUGGCCCAGCCAUACCUGCCUGCCUUGGAGCCAACGGAGUGUGAACCGAAUCCUGCAAAAACUGUAAGAAAUAAAUCUUUCCUUUCUGAAAUUGGGCUUCAGGUAUUUUGUCUCAGCAACAAUUAAAAAGUAAUUAAGACAGAAUUUGGUACCUAGGAGUGGGGUCUUUUGCUGUGACUAUUCUUGACCAUGUUUUUGAGAGGCUUUGUAAAUGGCUUGUGGGCAGAGUUUGGAAAGGUUUGGACAUGUCGCCUGGAUGUGUAGAGCUGGAGCAGCUUAGACUGUUCUGUAGAGGGGAUUCUGGUCAGAGCUCAGGAGACCAGAAGGCUGAUAGAAGGCUGGAUGAUAAAAACCAGGCUUGGGAGUUUUUUGUUGGGAAGAAGGACUGCAUUAGUUGUUGGACUCCACCUGAUGUGUGUUAUGGCUUGGCAGAAGGUUUGUCUGCAUUUUGCUACUGCCCAGAGACUUUGCUGAGACUGAGACAAAGGGCAAUGGACUGAUUAAUCUUGAAAAAGAAAUUAAAAAGCAAUCAAACCUUGAGGCUGUGGCAUGGCUAUUGUUGGGGUCUUUUAGCCAGAUUUAUGUUGCAUAUCAAAAGCAAAGAGAUCAGCAGGAUAGUGUACAAUGCUGUGAGUUUGGCCAGAAGGAAAAUUCCAGGAAGACUGUGCAUUGCAAAGACAGAGUUGAGAGUUUGAUUCCUGAGGAGAAACAGAGAGAUAAGAAAGAUGGCCCCAGGGCAUCAUAGGAAGGGGGUCCCCACCCUGUGCAGCCUCACUGCUAAAGUGAAAGAAUUUGCUCAGAGGGAAAAGCUGCAGAGUGCCAUGUUCUAGAAUGGCAACAGAAGCCACUUGAGGUUCCAGAAUGGUGGCCCCUUGGAGAAGCUUUUCCUCACAAUCAUGUAAACAGAGCCCUGCAAUCCAGGCAACUAAACCCUAUAGCCAAAAGACAGAAAAGCGUAGGUACUGCUCCAGUCAGCAGCAAACCUUGGUGGCAUCCACAAGGUGCUGAUUUUAGGUGCAAGGAAAAUGCACAAAUUCUGAGGCAAGAUGGCUUCCACCUCAAUUGCAAAGUGCCUGGGAGGCCAAAAGGUGUGCCCCUGAGAGGGCAGUUUGUGAAGACGUAAGGGUGAAACCAAAGGUGCGGUGGAGACUGCAGAUGUUUGGAAAAGGCAAGAAUGUGGUUGAUUCAAGGGAAGCUGCAAAAAGAGAGCAGAGAAGAUGUAAGAGAAAAGCUGCUGUAGUCAAAAUUGCUGGAAAUGCCAUGGGGGUGGAAUUACCCAAGCCUUUUGGAGUUUGCAACCAGAUUGCUUCUGAUGCUGAACAUGGAAUUCUAGGACUUAAUGUUCACCCUGCUGGACUUCUUUUGUUUCCAGUACUUUAUAUUCCCAUUCUUGUAACUUUUGGAAUGGUAAUGUUUACCUUGUGCCUUUGCAUUUGGGAAAUGUUUAACCUUGUUUGAUUUGUACAGGGGUUACAGUUAAGAGUUUGCCUUAGAUCUUGGAGGAGACUUGGGAAUUGGACUGUUCAGGAAUACUGAAACAUAGGACGUUGUCAACUCUUGGAAGUGGACUAAACGCCUUUUGUAUAAUGGAUAUACAUGAGUCCUGGGGGCCAGGGGUGGAAUGUCAUGGUUUAUGCCUGUGUCCCCCAGGCUUUAUGAGUUUGCAUUAUGCAUUUGUGAUGGUUCAUUGUGUAGUAUGUGGAUUGAUGGUGUCAGUGCUACACCCACAUAGAGGUGGAGCCAGGAUGUAAUAUAAUGCAGGAAUAAAGUGUGUCUUGGUUUUUGCUGGUUCCUGAUUGCUGUUUGCAGCUGCCAUGAAAUGUGGCCCAGCCAUGCACACCUGCCUUGGAGCCAACUGAGUGUGGACUGAAACCUCCAAAAAAUGAAGAAAUAAACCUUUCCUUUCUCAACUUGGGCUUCACGUAUUUUGUCUCAGAAACAAGUAAAAAAUAACUAAGACAGUAGUUAAUGCAGGUCUCAUGUUAGCUUGGCCUUGGACAUCCUGAAGAAGAGUCUGGCCUCUGAAGAUAUAGUGUAAUGUAAAAGCUUGGCUGAGGGGGGAGCUAGGAUCACUAACAUCCUCUGACAAUUGCUGGCUAUUCUGGUAAAUAACUGCUGUUAUGAACUGAUGGACUAUGAUGAGUUUAAAUUGGAGUUCUCCUCAAUGCUUCCCCACCUUAAGCUGGCCACCCAUCCUGGAAGUCAACAAAACAAAAUAAGAGAGAGUUGUUGGAAAGGGUUGAAGAUGAAUACAUGUGCAGGGCUGUGGUGUGGCCUGGGCAUGAUUGAAUUGAGAAUGAGGAGACACCGCAAGGAACAAUAUAGGCCACAGCUGAGGCCACCUAGAGACUUCCUGAAUAAUUUUUCUAAUUAGAAUCAUCUGUUGGUCUGUGGGUUCCUUGACCCUCUCCCAGGGGCCUGCUCAGCUUUUUACCAUUGUCCACUCACUUGCUUGCUUGUUCUGAUUAAAUAUGGGCUGCCUAGUGACAGGUGGCUGGCUGGUUAGCAGAGUUAUGAGUUCUGAAGAAGAUUUCACUCUUCCUGUUGCCCUCAAGACAAUGAGACUUUUCUCCUUCUUUUGGUCCUUUGCUGUGCACUUUUUUGGGGGCUAGGUAUUUAGGCAUAGGCUCCAAUAAAAACUUACCUUCCAGAUAGGAUAACUGUAAGUUUCCUGAAAAUUUUGUUGCAUGUAAAUUUUCUUUACCUGUAGAUGGAAGUGUUAUUAUCAACAAAUAUAUUGCUAACUUAUCAACAUAUGCUACCUUUUUAACAUAUGGAGGGGUAUUAUAGUGAUUUCUCAGAAGGGAUGAUUAUACACCUCUUUACAUGAUUGUGAGUAUUCUGCAUAACUUUUCUAAGUCAGUUCUUAUAAGUGAAAUUGGUAGAUAAUAACGGAGGUCUCCAUCAACUUGCUAAGUACUAUGUAACAUGAGUCUCGGUGUUUCUAGCAGUUCAUUUGUUUUAACCAUGAAUUCCUGACCAGAUGCCAGUUAUGCCUGCUUGGCACAGAAUGGACUGUACAGGAAAUUAAGUGGUUUUGAUCUCCAAAGAAUUGCUGGAGUCAAACUGAAACAGGUAAAUGCUAAAAAACUGUUAGGGUUUACAUAGAUUAAAAACUCAGUUACAUAAUUAGUUGAAGAAUGAGGUGAUGCAUUUGGAAGAUUAUUCAGAACAUACAGCUAGCUGAAUUAUAUUAGAUAUUUAUUUCUUUACUUUUAUACCGGUACAAAAUACCUGACUUAUAGAAUUUAAUACAAAUAUAUUCUUUAUCUCAUGGUUUCCAUGAGGGUUGUUUGAUUUUGACUGUUUCCAAAGCAUAAAUAUCUUGGAAAAAAGUGAAAAGGAAAAAGUAAGUUUUUUAUGAGAUCAAGGAGCCAGAGAACAGUUUCAGAACCUGAGAGGAAGGAUCCAGAGACCAGAUUUGAUUCAUGGGUUCUAACACACAUGACUGCAGUUUAUACAGAUAGAAGCAAUCAUAGUAAUCUCCUACACAUUUCUGAAGCCAAAAGGUGUUAACAAAUGGAUCACCAGGCUUUAGGGAAUAUAUGACUUCUAGGAAUAUUAAAAUCCUGAAGAGUGGGGGCUGGGGAUUUAGCUCAGCGGCAUAAGCACCUGCCUUGCAAGCAGGCGGUCGUGAGUUCGAUCCCUGGUACCGAAAAAAAUGAAAAAGACAAAAAAAAAAAAAUCCUGAAGAGUGUUAUACUGAGAUGCUAAAAAUUAAAAUAAUUGAUUAAAAGAUAAUUAACAAAAAUAGUUACUUAAAAAGAUAGUUAUUAAUAAUAUUAUCAUUCUACUGAGCUCAUUGCCCUAGUAACCAAGCACCAAACACAUAGGUAUAAAUUAACUGACCGCAUCAUUCUGCGUCAUCCCCCGCCACCUUAGUGACCUGUGUGCUAUGUCAAAUUUUGUUCCCCUUGUAAGAGACAAAUGAUGCUGUGCCAACCACUGUUCCCUUUAUGAGAGACAAAUGUUCCUGGAAUUGGCAGACCAAGGGCUAUGAAUUGGCCAACCACCCACUGCGAAAUGCCUCUGUCCUCAAGCAAAGGGGAACAAAGGCCCACCUUAUUUCUGUUUCUCAUCACUAUGUACUUACUGAUCAAUGAGCUAAUCAUAAAUUAACUAUAAAAAUCAGUCAAAACUCUAACUCAGUUGCACAGCUUUGCAAAUUCCAUUUGCACUGUGUCGCUGGGCCAGCUAAAAUAAAAGUGCUUGUUUUAAAAAACGUGUCUUGCCCCAUUCGUCAUCUUGGGGUCUUGCCCCGUUUUUUCAUCAUGAGGACAUGUUUUUUUUUUAAGUAGAGUACAACAAAGAGCUGAGUGCCAAUUAGUGACAAGGGAACUAUACGGCAAGGGGAACUUAGAGUGUGAAGCCCUUGGGUCUCCCUGCCUCACCAGAAGGAAAUGUUUAAUUGGAGCAGGUUCCAUUUCAGCAAUAAUUGUCACCCCCAUGCUUGGCAAUAUGAUCACUUUCAGAAUUCAGCAUCUUUAUGAGCCUGAAUGAGUAGCAAGCUUGUCUUGGAGUACUGAUGCUUGCUUUUAUUUCAUCCUUACUCUGUUUCAGACCAUUACUAUCAGUUAAAUGUAAUGUCUUCACUAUACAUGGUAACUGUGCUCCUUUUGUGUUCACAUACUGGGUUUCUUGGUGGAAAAUUAAUAGAAAUGAGUGAAAAUCAUGAAAAUGAAGUCUGCUGCCUCUAACAGAAACUUCCAACUCUCUGUCCUGUUGUGUCCUGCCCUGGCCUGUUCUCAGAAUAUUUUCUGACAUCAGUGGAUUUUUAUUCCUGGAGGAUUGAACGUGAAUCCUGAAAACAUUUGCAGCCCAUUAUGGAAAGAGUCCACUGAUCUUUGAAAGAAAGCAGGGUAGCCAAGAAAUGGCAGGGAUAAAUAAGAAAUUUAGAGAAGACCUAACACCAUCACUUCUCAAAAUUUAAUGAAAUCAAAUGGGAAAUUGUACUUCUCAGUUCAUUCCUGGAAGUAAGCAUUACCCUGAUACCAAAACCAGAGAACAAUCCAAAUAAGAAAGAGAAUUACAGACCAUUCUGCCUAGUGAACAUUGAAGCAAAAAUCCCCAAUAAGAUACUGGCAAACAGACUGCAGAGUAUCAUCAAGAGGAUUUUACCUCAUGAUCAAGUGGCAUUAUUCCCUGGGAUGCAGCUGUGGUUCAACAUACAUAAAUCCAUACAUAUCAUACACCGUAUUGACAAAUCCAAAAGCAAAAGUCAUUUGAUCACUUCAAUAGAUGCAGAAAAAGAUUUUGACAAAGUCCAUCACCUAUUCAUAAUAAAAAACCUACAAAAAUUGGGGAGAUGAUCUUCAUCUCAAUCUGAUAAAAGCCUUUUAUUACAAACCAACAGUCAACCUCAUACUAAGGGGACAAACACUGAAAGCUUUCACUCUAAAAUCAGGAACAAAACAAGUGGAGACAACUGUCUCCACUCUUAUUCAAUAUAGUCCUGGAAACUAGCUGGAGCAAUUAGACAAGUAGAAAGAAAUAAAAGGAAUAAAGAUAGGAAAGGAAAAGCUUAAAAUAUCAUUAUUUGCAGAAGCCAUGAUAGUCUCUGUAGAAGACCCUAAAAAUUCCACCAAAAGACUUCUAGGUUAAGAAGCAAAUUCAGUAAUAUAGCUGGUUACAAAGGUAACACUCAACAAUCAAUAGACUUCAUAAACAAGAAUAAAAAACUCAUGGAAAGAGAAAUCAAGGAAACAAUAACUUUUACAAUAGCAUCCAACCAAAUGAAAUACUUAGGAAUCAAUCUAACAAAGCAUGUAAAUGAUUUCUACACUGUAAACUACAGUACUCUCAAAAUGGAGAUUGAAGAAGAUAUUCGAAAAUGAAGAGCUAUCCCAUAGUCUUGGGUAGGGAAAUUCAAUUUAGUGAAAAUGACCAUACUUCCAAAGCUAUUGUACAGAUUUAGUGCAAUCCCAAUCAAAACCCCGUAGCAUAUCUCAAAGAAUUACACAAAAGAAAUCCUAAAAUUCAUCUGGAACCAGAAGAGACCUAGAGUAGCAAAGGUGAUCCUGGGCAACAAAGGAAAGAUAGGGUUCAUCAAAAUCCCUGACUUGAAAUUAUACUAUAAAGGUAUUGUGAUUAAAAAAAAAAGAUGUGGUAAUGACAAAAAACAAAACAAACAAAAACCAGAUGAAAAGAUCAAAGGAACAAAUUAGAAGAUGGAGAAACAACCCCAGACCACUAAACCAUCUUAUCUUUGACAAAGGUGCCAAACAGAGUCAUUGGAAGAAAAGCAGCCUCUUUAAUAAAUGGUGCUGGAAAAACUGGCUCUAUACUUUCUGAAUAUUAUCUUUCAAAGUGUAUUAAGCUAAGAUCAGAAUAGAUCAAAGAUCUUAUAUUAAAACAGAAACAUUAAAUCUGCUGCAAGAUAGAGUAAGUAAAACUCUUGAAGACAUUCAUGUAAGCAAAGUGUUUAUGAAGAAAACUUCGAUUUUUGAACAGCAAAAAUUGAAGAGAAUUAAGACAGAACCUCACCCUACUGAAAAACUUUUUAACAGCAAGAGAAUUCACUAACAGAGUGAAAAGACAACCCACAACGUGGGAGAAAAUGUUUGCCAACUGUUCCUCAGACAAAGUAUUACUAUUGAGAGCACGAAAAACUAAAAAAUUUCAGUCUUCCCAGAUUUAAAGACCCAAUCCAAAAAUGUGCAUCUGAGGUGAAAUACACAGUUCUCAGAUGAAGAAAUAGAAACAGCAAAUAAAUAUGUGAUAUAAUGUUCUGCAUCACUCAACAUUUAACAAUUGCAAAUUAAAUAACACUGAUAUGUCACCUUGCCCCAGAAAAAAUGCCUACUGUCAAGAAAUCAAGCAAUAACAAAUGCUGGAGAGGUUGUGGGGGAAAAAGGAACCCUUCUCCAUUGUUGGUGGUAAAGCAACCACUGUGGAAAUCCGUGUGGAGAUUCCACACAAACUAGGUCUACAAUUCCCACUCAACUCAGCUAUUCUCCUUCUGGGUAUCUACUCAAAAGAAUAAAAAUUAUCAUACCACAGUGAUAUAUAUGCACCCACGUUUAUAGCAGCAGUUUGUGGUAGCCAGAUCUUGGAUGGAAUGCAGGACCUCUAGCUUGCCAGGCAGGUGCUUAAGCUAAAUCGCUGGACCACGUUUUUUAGUUUUUAACUUUCAAAGAAAAUGGGUUUGGGAGAAAAACCAAGGACUGAGGUAAAGACUUUCAGUGCAAAUACCCAUCAGACGUGCUGAGGUCAACAUUCCAGAAAACAGCCAGCUCCAGAAGCCUCCACCAGCUUUCAUUGGGGAUCCACAGUUACAGGGUGUUUUAUUUUCUGUAAUUAUUCUUGGUGGGGAAGGCAGGCAGGAGAGCAGGAGCCAAUCAGUGAUGAAGAGGCUGGCUGAAGAACUGUCCAAUCAGGCGGGCCAAGGUAGGCGGUAUCUUCCGGUGUCAUGGCGUCAAUUCCAAGGCCAGGGCACAAAAGGGAGCAGUAAAUGUUUGCUAGACCACUAUUUUUUGCUUCUAUUCGCUGUGGACUGCUUAGAAAGAACCUGGGAGACCUCCAAAUUACGCAAUGGUGAUGUUAUGGGAUGGGAGCAGUGAAAUGGGGUGGAAUCGGGUUGAGACCAGUUAGAAGUGGUGAAAAGGGGCUGGGGGUUUAGCUCAGCUGCAUAAGCGCCUGCCUUGAAAGCAGGCAGUCAUGAGUUCGAUCCCCUGUACCGAUAAAAAGGAAAAAGACCAAAUAAAUAAAUAAAUAAAAUAAAUGAAGAAAGAAAGAAAGAAAAAGAAAAGGAAAAAAAAAAAAACAAGUGGUGAGAAGCAGCUGUGCUGUCUAGAGCCUGGGUGCUUAGCCUCAGACCCUGAGGUCCACUAGUGCUAGCAGUGUGUCAUCCUCUGUCCCUUUUACCUCUCGCUGGCGCCAGGACAGUUCUGGGUCCCUAGAAUGCUGUCAUCACUGUGAUACCACCAGGCCACAAUGCCAUUUUUGAAAUCGACUGCUGCCCUUGCUCCUCCAACAGUCUGGGCCCAGGACGGGGCAUGAGGAGACCCUGAUUGCGAUGUGUUUUCAAGCUGGGUGCAGCUGUAAUAAGCCAGGUCUCUGCUCUCAUUCCUGUCAGCAACAGAUAUGAAAGCCAGAAGUUUAUAAAUGUCUGUGCUGCAGGACCUGAUAGCCACAACUGCUCUCCUUAAACUUAUGCAUUUAUGUAUUUUGUGAUCGCCUAAAUUUAUACUAUGUUCUCAUAUUUCCAUGCUCAUGAAAGGUGGAGGCAAAGGUUCUGAGAAUUCAAAGACGUGUAGUGAUGUGCCUCAGUGGAGGAAGGCUUCCCAAACACCGGAUGAACUGCUGUGUAUUAUACAGAACAAUGCAAAGAAUUUCUGAACAUACUUUAUGUGACACAUGUGCUCAUAGACGAUGUUUGGGAGAACAGCCAUAGAGGUUUAAAUUUUGAGAAAAAUGAAGCAGAUACAAAAGUGUCAUCAAGGGCAGGGUAAAGUGUGCUUGCUAAGACAAAUUCCAGAAAAGGCUGCCUGUUAAAUUCUCACUGAAAAAUGCCUAAAUGUAGUCAUUUGCAUGAACAUAUACAAGUGAUAUCCUUCUGAAUGUAAAGCAAUGUGGGUGUCAUCUCUGAAUUAAGAGGUGAUUUAAUAGCUUGGUUGAUCAUAUACAUUUUUGAAAUAUGGAAAUGCUCUGCAGUGGACUUUACUAAGUGGUGUAAAGGAGAUGCCAUAAAUUGAAAUUGUGCAGGGAUAUCAAUAGUUUAGUCAUGAAGGGUUUUCUGCUUAGGGUGGAUCAGAUGAGAGUGGAAAGGAUGUGGAAGUGACUGUCAGGACGCAGAGUGCCAAUAGCAGGACAUACAACAGAGAGGGUCUUCCCUGAAAGUCAGGUAGUUCUAGGGUAAGCAUGAAGUUAAAGUUGGUUUAUGAUUUCUUCCUUGAGGUGAAAAACACUAGCUCUGGUAAGAAUCAGUAUUCUACAUCCUUGUCAACACAUGAAUUCUUUGUUCUUCACUUGAGAUCUAAUUUUGAUUAUCUCUAAUUAUGACCCAGUGUCAUGAAGGCAAAAUUUGAAUUUUUUUGUAACAGGGAUUGAACUCAUGAUCUCAAGCUUGCUAGGUAGGUGUUCAUGCUGCUGAGCUAAAUACCCCGCUCUGAAAGUGUUUUCUGCAUACUAUGUAUGAUAUUAACAUUGUUCCUCAGAAAUGUUGAAUAUUGUGGAAUUUUUCUAUAUUGUAUGGAUAUAAUUUUUAAAGCAAACCAAAGGUGUCGUAUGCAGUCACUUUUCAAGUUUCACAUUGUCUGUGGGGUGUCUCAGUCAGGGUUUCUCUAUUUGAGACAGCUCUGUAACUUAGGCUAGCCCCAAACUCAAGGAAGUUCUCCUGCAUCAGCCUCCCAAGAUAUAUUUCUUAUAUCUGAAUGGAGAGUGAUCACUUGUUGACACUGAGCUAUAAUUUGAAACUUGUACCUGAUUUCAUUGUUUAUACAUUUUUAACAUACAUCAGUUUUCCAUGAACUUUUGAGUUAUUAUUUAUGUAUCAUAUUUGAUGUUAUUUAUGCUUUGUUCUAUGAAACCAAAUUUAAAUAUCAAGAUACUGCUUAAGUAUAUUAAGAACAAAGGACUCAGUGGCCUAAAUGAGAUUUGAAGAGAUAUUACUCUUAGUACAUCAAAGUGAUUCAUGAGAUAUUUGUCUGCCUCUGUGCUUUAUGGAUGCUGGUCCUGCAGGCUCUCACUAUGAGCUCUGCCUUGGAGGCAGUGCACAGGGACUCUUGUGGUGACUCACCAUAAGAAUCAGUGCAAGAGAGGGAAAAAAAAAGAAAAGAAAAAGAGCUCUAAGGGAUAUAACAGCAAGUGUGUUUAGGGGUGUUAAAUAGCUGACUAUAUCAAUGUUUUUGGAUCAUUAAACACAGCUGUUUGCAGUCUCCCUGUUUGAAUGUCCACCUUGUAUUCUUUGAUACUGUGAUUUGAGCAACUAUUUUCAAGAUGAUAAUAUGUAAUCUACUAACAGGUGAUUUCUUACUGUUAUUUUUUUUUUUGUAGUUCUGUAUUAGGUGUACCCUUACACCGCUUUGUUUUGUUUUGUGUUUUUCUCUUUUUCCUCUUAAAAAAAAAAGAAUCAGUGCUCCUAUUUGGCUGGUACGUUAGCUGUGAGUUGCAAUAUAGCAUCAAAUUUGCCAUCUCAAAAAUGUAUAUAUACAAAAAUUAAUCCCCAAGAUGUGGAAUAAAAUUUGAAGAAAUCACUCUCCAUUCAGCUGUUUUGUUUGCUUUUAUUUGUAUAUUUUAGUUUUGUUUUAUUGAGACAAGUUUUCUCUAUGUAUAUCAGCUAGAUUUGAACCAUUUAUGGAGCACAAAAUUGCCCUAACCUCAAAGCAGCAUUCCUGUCUGAACCUCUUGAGUGCUGGGAUUAUAGAUCUGUGUGUUUUUACCAUAGAAAAUAUUGAGGCUUGUAACUUAGCUGUGUUGUAGGUUGGCUUAAUAGAUGCCAUCUUGAGCUUUGCAUUUAACUAGUGCCCUGUAUUUCACUCAGAAAAAUGGAAAAUCACUCAGGGUAUAAGUCCCAGGAGAAAAGCAAAAUGAGCUGUACCCAAAGAAAAAAAAUAACCUGCUCAACAAAAGAAGCAGAAUACAGUAGUCAUGCAAAAAUUGUUAUAAGAUUCUAGCUAAAUGAUUUCCAACUAUCUUUUGGUGAUUCUAUCUUUUAAAACAUCUCUAACUUUCCAGUUCAGAGCCUCUUUCUUGUGUAGAUCCUGAAAUGGGGGUGGGGGUUCUGUACACAAGUGGUGCUGAGAGCAGCUAAUGAAAUUUCACAUUUCUCAAUUGGGUUGCUUGGCUUCCUAUAUUAUUGUUCACAAAAUCAGCUGAAGCUGCAGAAACCUUACUGACAAAAGCAAACCUCAGGAUUAAAUAACAGUGCCCCUGAAAUGAAAGAAUAGUAGUGAAAAGGAGAAGAGAAAAAAGACAAACACCAUGUGCUAUAAUGCCCACCUCUUUUCCCCAGCAAUGAAGAAACUGAAACAGGAGAAUGGCCAUAUAUUCAAAGACAGCCUAACCUACACAGUGAGUGCAAGGCUUCCCAGAACUCCAAAGUGAGACUAUGUCUUUAAAUCAAAAACUAAAAUGAAAAAAAAAGCAACCAAGUAGACAGAAAAAUUAUUAAAAACAAACAAUAAUAGAGCUGAGUGAAAUUUGAGUUAUGUAAAAUGGGAAUUAUUGAAUGAUGUUGCAGAGGAAAGAAGUCCAUGUAGUGGCAUCCAGGAGGGAGGGACUAACAGAGACUUAGGAAUGGCACGUAUUGUGCUACAGGAUAACAGUGACCUCCUUCCUCCAAAAGAUUUGCAGUUCACUAGACUGAGGACUUCUAAAAGCUCAUGGAAAUGUUAAACUCAGGGCAAACAAGCAGCCUGAAAUUCUGGCUUUGGAAUAUGGCCUUUAGCAGAAAUUUCAUAUUUAAACUGAAAUAAGAGAAAUAUAAUCCUGCCCUGUUUGAUAUCAAAUGCAGCAAGUUUAAUGGCUCACAACAUUGAGAAAUGAAGUCUUAAACCAAAAGAAGUUCAAAAAUUUUCUUAGAAACAAAGAAAGAAGAAUAGCCCUGAAUUUUCAGGAGUGGUCUUCGGGUUUUUGGCCCAGACCUAUUCUCAGGGGUCAUUUAUACAGGAAAGUCACAAUGUGGGUACAGUGUGGGUCUCAGACUACAAUCAACCUAUAAGCUUAUAGCUGCUUAACUAAUAAUAUUCAACAGGGUAACAAGUCAGCCAGAAAAGGUAUGUGGAAAGAGCCAAGGCAUUUUGUGGGAACAAUAGUCCAGUUGUUCUGGUCAUUGAGUAUGGUAAUUGAUGCCCAUCUGAACUUCCUGGAGGAGGUGGUGGUAACUGUAGUACAUUUCAAACUGUUGUUUUUCUCUUCAGGACCAUGUAGACCUGGUCACUUCAUCUUCACCUUCAGGUCUGUCUUUCUUCAGCUGUGCCGGUAGCAGUGAUUGUUGUAUUUAGUUUUUUGCAUUAACUAUUUGAGGUUCCAGUUCCUCUCUCAUUGUAUAUCAAUUUCUCUCUACAUUGAUAUCCUUUGCUAAAAUCACAGUUCUAUUUGAAUGAAUAAAGUGAAAUAUUCAUUAAUACAGGCCAGGGAUUUAUCUUAGGAGGCAGAACACCUGCCUGGAAUGUGCUAGGUUGUAGCUUUGAUACUUGGUACCUAAAAAAAAAAGUAAUUUAAACUGCAAGGAAAGAAAAUAAUUUCAUUUGUGAAAAUUAAGAUUUACAAAAUUUAUAACUAAAUAUGUCAAUGGCAAAUUAAACAUUGUUAAUAGUCAUAUUUAGUAUCUAAAGUAGUUGGGUCUGGAGAUUGAACUCAAGAAUACAAGGAGCUUCCUGGAGAGCACAAGGUCAAGAGUUCAAUCCCUCAUACAGAAAAAAAAAAAUCACAAUUGUCAACGAUGCAGUGCUAUAAGCACAUUUAUUGAAACUGAUACUUGGUAUUUAAUAGGCUCAGUAUUUCUUUUGUGACCUAUGAAAUACCUGCAGAUAACAUGGGUAUUACAGUGAAUGAUAUACUGUCCCUUAUAGGAUUGCUAUUUUCUGAGUUGGUUUUAUUUUUUGUUUUCCCACAUACUUGAAAGUUGAAAAUGUUGGCUGGUGCUAGGUAGAAAAACUGUGAUAAUCGUUUUUUCAAUUUAAUGAUAUAUAUCCGUAUAUUCAUUAAGAACAUUUUAUUUGCUACAGUUAGUCCAAGUCAAAUUGAUAAACAAUUCUUAAAUUUACAGGCAGCUGAGUUAGUUAGAAAUAGAGGCAACCAUACCAUGAUAUAGUGGAAUGAAAUUCCUGACCUUCCAUGUGUGGUAUGAGUUUGGGUUCUCUAAAGUGAAAGAAUGAAUUUUAGGAACAACAGAAAUUAAGAGCACAAUAUACUUCUUGAGAGAAAGAAAGCCACCUGAGAGAGAGAAGGGGUCCUGAGCGGGAUGCCAAACACUGUCUUUCUAGGGAACUUUGUAGAGUAAAAUCAUGUGGUAAGCUGAGUUUAAGGUGGGGAAAAAUCGGAACUCACAAUGCAGAUGGGCAUAAGAUGGGACAGAGCUAUGGUAGCCAAUAAGAUUAUAAGUUCAUGUAAAAGUUGAUUAAAUUGGGAACAAAGGGGAAGGGAGUCACAUAGGAAGCAGGCAUUCUUAGGCAGCAGUGACUUUUCCCUUAGGGUUAUGGGAGGGUGACACCUGAGUUCAUCAGGAUGAUAGGAGAUAUUUAAAAUGUCAGUCCUUAGAAUAAGCAUACUUUUCUUUGAAUGGUGAGUCCUGACCUCCUCAGAGUGCUAAGGCACUAUUUAGAAUAUCAGUCUUUAGGAUAUGGAUGAAUUUGCUUAUCAUUUGUCUUGAGACUUGGCGCAUAGCAUGACGUGUCAGUCUUCCCCAUAGUUGCAUGGUAUCUGGUCUCCUGCAUGGACUCCUUGGAGGACCUAGCCCUGCCUUAUGGCAAUACUAUUUAAAUAACUCAGGUGCCUGUAACAGUACUGUUUGGAUAAUUGAUUACAGAUGUCUUGUGCUCUGGGUGAAUGAUCUGGGGAUUACAGUGUGCAAUGUAUAUCCAAGUGUUACCCCCGAUUGACAUGUUUUGAAAUUUAAUUUUAGUUGAUGUGUUCUUUUUUCAUUGAAAUAAAAUGGAUUUGAAAAUUAAAAGACCGAGGUAAAGCUCUUCAGUACAAACACUCCUCUGGUCGAGCUGAGUUCACCACUGUAGAAGAAUGGCAGCUCCAGAAGUCCCAGCACUACAGUCUAUCUUUUGAGAUCCUCUCUUGCAAGGAGGGGUUCCUUUCCCUGUUGAUUCUUGACUCAGAAGGAGAGCAGUAGAGCAGGAGUCAAUCAUUGAUGAAGGGGCUGGCUAUAUGAAGUGUCCAAUUUUCAGGCUAUUGCUGGCUGUGACUUUUGUCUCUUCCAGUGUCUCAGCAUGAUUUACCUUUUCUGAGUAGGAUACUGGUAGCCAAAUGCUUGCUGCAUCUCAUUUAGUACUUUUGAUGUCCUGUGGCCUGAUUAGCAAAGAACCUGAGAGAUCCUGGAGCCAUGGAAUGGCGAGGUUGUGGAUGGGAGGCCAGAGAUAGGGUGGAUUGGGUGAAACCAGUUACAAGUAUUUAGAAGUAAUUCCAGUGUCUGGAGCCUCAGGUAUUUAGUUAGCUUCAGCUCCUGAGGUCCUCCAGCAUUGUCCAUGGGUCAUUCACUGUCCCUUUUGCCUCUUGCUGUUGGCAAGGGUGAUUUGGGGUCCCCAGAACCCUGGCUUCACUAUGACAGCAGCAGACUCAAGUAUCAUCUUUGAAAUUCACUGCUGGCCUGGUAACCCCACAAUCUUAGGCAUUGGAAGGAGUUUAAGAAGACCCUGAGUAUGAUACUUUUUGUAGCUUGUAGAGCAGUAAUGAGCUAGGUCUCUGCUCUCUUUCCUCAGAGUCACAGAUCUGGAAUGUCCAAAGUUUAUUAAUGACUGUAAUGCAGGGCCUCAUAGCCACAAUGGCUCAACUUAAACUUGGGCUUUUUUGUAUUUGUAGCGAUCUCCUCAAUUUAUAGUAUGUUCUCAUAUUUCCAUCCUCAUGACAGGUAGUGGCAAAGGUCCUGAGAAUUCAGAGAUGUGUAGUAGUGUGCCUCAGUGGAAAAAGGCUUCCCAAACAACUCAUGAACUCCUGUGUAUUAUACAGAUCAGUGCAAAAUAAUUUCUGAACAUACUUAAUUAUUUAGGUGGCGCCCUUACUCACAGACUAGGUUUGUGAGAACAGCCAUAGAGUUUUGAAGUCUGAGAAAAAUGAAGCAAAUGUGAAAGUGUUAUCAAGGACGGGGUAAAAAUUUGUGAAGGACAAAUUCCUGAAAGGGCUACCUGUUAAAUUCUCAUCAAAAAAUGCUGAAAUUUAGGCAUUUGCAUGGACAUAUACACGUGAUAUCCUUCUGAGUGGAAAGGAAUAGGUGUGUGAUCUCUGAAUUAAGAGCUGAUUUAGUGGCUUGGUUGUUCAUAGACAGUUUAAAUAUGGAAAUGCUCUGCAAUGGAAUUUACUAAGUGGUGUAAAGGAGAAGCUCUAAACAGAAAUUUUGCAGUGAUAUCAAUAGUUAGGCAUUAAGGGUUUCCUGCAGAGGAUGGAUCAGAGGAGCGUGGAAAGGAUGUACAAGUGACUGACGGAACGCAGGAAGCCAAUAGCAGGACAUACAACAAAGAGGGUCUUCACUGAAAUUCAGGUAGUUCUUAGAGUAAGUGUGAAGUUAAAGUUGGGUUCUGAUUGCUUCCUUGAUGUGAUCAAAACCAGCUCUGGCAAAAAUGGGGAGGUGACAUCAUCACCCCGUACUGAUGAAGGACACAUGUGCAUCAUUCCUGGGGAACUUGUCUCCUAGCUGCUGCUGUCACUUCCUUUCCUCCCAUGCCAAUCAGACCAUGGGCUUUGUGUCCCUGAUGAGUAGUUUCCCUUUCCUAGAGGGGAUGGUGCUGAGCCUUUUCAGUUGUAAUACUCUUUGGUUGGUUUCCUUGAAGCAGUGUUUCCAUGCUGGGCUCUCUCUGUGCUGCCACCACCCACUAUUAUGUGGCUGAAGCAAGGACAUGCACCUGUCACCCAUCUUGUGAUGGCCAUUUUUUAUGUUUUUGGGUCAGACUUCAAAAGGAAGCUGCCACACUCAUUCUUACACAAGCAUUUGAGUGGAUACCAACAUUUAUUUCAAAGAAAAUGCAUCAUAUUGCUGGUGUAUGGAUAACUUAGAAAUUCUUGCUGUAUUUUUGGAAGCAGAUAUUUAAAGCAGAGUUAUGUGGUUCCUUUUUUAUUUAUUUUUGUGUUAUUAGGCUAUACUAUAUUGUGCUCUGUUAUGUUAUGUUGUAUGUUAGUGAGGAUUUUGAAAGUUCUUCAGGGUGUUUUCAAUACUUUCUGAUUUGGUUUUGUAUAACCAACCUAAUGAACUUUGAGAAUAUCAAAAACUUUGAGGAGUUUUGUUUUGGACAAAAUUUAAAGAGGAAAACACAAUCAGGGAUGUUGUUGCACACCUGUUAUUCCAGGACUCUGAAGGCCGAGGCAGAAAGUUUGUGAUGAGUUUUUGGUCAUCCUGGGCCACAACGGAAGAUCAAGGCCAGACUGAACUGCAUAGCAAACCCUGUCUGAAGAAAAAAAGAAAGAAGAAAGCGAGCAAAAAAAAAAAAAUGAUAAAAAUGAAAAGUCAAAAAUAGACUUUCUAGUGAGAAAUCUUUGUGAGGUUCUUUUGUGUGUGUACUUUAGUCAGCACACCUAGCAUAAGGUUUACCAUAAUGGAGAAAUUGAUGUGCUCCAUCUUGCUUUGUUUUUUGUUUUUUGGCCUGUUUUUUUUUCAAACUUUUUUCUUUUUCUCUUCAAAGAAAAAGUAAAAAAACUGUGGAAGUAAUGGAAACUAAAAUGCGCGAUUGUUAGUGUAAAAAAGAGAGGAAGGAAAGUGAUCUCCAGGAUACAACUGCAACUUUAUUUAGCUGUGUAGGAAAGAGAACCAUAUUGCUGACUUUGUCUUGGAUCAUUGAACAGAACUGACUGCAAUCUCACUGUAUUAAUCUCCACUUUGUAUGCUUUAAUUUUGUAAUCUGGACAGCUGUUUGUAACUUGACAAUGUGUGAUCUAUUAACUGGUGAACUCUUACUGUAUGUUUUUUUCUCUUGAAAUUCUGUGUUGCUUCUAGCCUUUUACUGUCUUGCUUCAUUUAUUUUUGUCUUUCUCUUCAAAUAAAAAAAAACUUACUGGCUGAGCAAGGAAUGGUGAAAAUGCCUGUAAUGCCUGUACUCAAGUGGCUGAGGCAGCAGGGUUCCUGGAGUUCCAGACAAGCCUGCAACAUAUUCUGAGUUCAGCUCAGGCUCCAAUGACACAGCAAGACCCUGAAUAUAAAAUGAAAAUGAAAAAAUAGGGAAGAAAAGAAAGGAAAGAAGAAACAAAAUUCCUAGUGAUUUUGUCACUUGGUGUGCAUCUGGGCAAGCUGUUUUAGUCUGUGGUCCUUUUCUUCCAGUGUAAAACCCUUUUAACUACUGUUACUUUAUAAUACCUGGAAACUAGUAUUUUGAUGCCUCUACUUUUAAUGUUCUUUCUAUGGCUAUAGGAAGACUCUUUGUACUUCCUUGUGAAUUUCAAUUUUUUUAAUGUUUCUAGGAAAAUGGCACUGAUACUUUGACAGGAAUGGCACUGAAACACCUGGUUGCUCUGGGUAGCAUGUACAUUAUAACAUGAAUUCUUCCCAUCACUCAUCACAGUAUGGCUUUUCUUCUGUUAGUGCUCUUCUACUUAUUGCAUUCCAAGAAGAUGUGAGUUUGCUUCAAUUUCCCUAAUCAUUAGUUAUUUUUGAUUAUUUGUGAAUUGAAUUGUGUUCUUUGUAUUUGACGCUACAAUUUGUUUGUAGUAGGUAGUAAUAAAUUGAUUAGAGCAUGUUGCUCAUGUGUCCUGCAAUUUAAGUGAUUUGUGAAUUAGUUCUAUAAGGUUGUCAAUGUAGUUUAAAUUUCUUAUAUACACAAUGCUGCACCCUCAGGAGAACUGUAACAACAAUUAAUUCUUCCUUUCUGAUUUGGAAGGCUUUGCUUUCUCUUUCUGGAUUAAAUUCUAUGGCCAGGACUUCGAGUACUGUAUGGUGAAAAGAGUUGCAAGCCUUGUCUCCUUUCUGACCCUAGAAGCUAAGCUUGCAGCUUGUCAGCACCUGAGCACCAUGACAAGGAUGGAGCUUGUCAUGCUGUGCUGAGGUCCAUUCCUCCUACUGAUAGUCUAUGAAUGAUUUAUAUCAUGAAAAAAUGGUGAACUUUUGAGGUUCUCAAAGCUGUCUUUCCAAAUCUCUUCAGGGGUUAGCUGUACCUUAUGCUGUGAAAGUGUGAAGCAACACUUACUAGUUUGUGCACGAGAGGGAAUAUUCUUGCACCACUGAGAUUGAGCCCAGUGUUGAUUGUGUUGGUUAAUUUUGAAUAUGAUGGUGAGUUAAUGUGGCAAACAUUUAGCUGAAUACUUUUGUGUAUGUUCGUUAGGAAUAUUAGCCAACAGAGCAUUUUCAUUUAUUUUAUUUUUAACACAUUAUUAUCUGGCUUCAUUCUCAGGAUGACUUGUCACUUAAAAGAAGUUGGUGGUGGUUUUUUCUUCAACUUGAUGGGAGAAUUGAAAAACAAUCAGUAUUCAUUCUUUACCACAUCCUGGAUAAAAUUCACCAGUGCACUUAUUGUAUCCUAGCUUUGUUGUUGUUAUUAAGCAGCUGUGAUGUUUACCCAUUGCCUGUGCUCCUUAUUGCUCUGUUCAUCAGACUGUUUCCUUCUGAUGCGUGUAGUUUGGGGACAUCAAUGGACACCACAUAUCCUUUAAGGGUCACAUCUCAUUUUAUUUAUGGAUGUUACCAUUUACUUUUGUAUAUUCAAACUAUCUCCAUAAUAUAUAAUUUUGUGAGUAACUCCUUUCAGUUACUCAGUUUUUAAUGCACACUCUUGCAGGGUUUGGUUACUGCUGGAGGAAAGUGGGGCUGGUGAGGGCCUGGUCUCUUAUUUAAGGCUUUGUACCCUGACCAGCCUGCAGUGCCUCCAUCACCUCGCCUGCACCCUGUAAACACCUGUCCUGUUCCAUAGCUAUGGUGAGUCCACAUGUGGCAGUUCAGAUCUGCAUCUGGGUGGAAAAUACUCAGUCAAUUUGAGCUCUGUAACAGACUGACCUUCUCAUGCAGAGCUCCCCUGAGUGAGACAGGGGGCCUUAGGCAUGUAGGAAGGAGCUCUAGAACCAUUUCAGCUUUUUCCUUUCCAGUGUGGAAUGUGUGACGCUUUCCUUAGAACUCACUGAUGGAUGAGGCAGCCUGGACUGGGCCUUUUUUAGCCAUGGUUCCUGCUAGGUGCCAUGGUGUCCUGCACCUCUGCCUGGACCAUCUCUCUGACUUUAGAUCUCCACGUAGAUCUGAGCAGACUCAGUCUUCCUAUACCAGGCUCUAGCUCUAUGCUGAGGCUUCAGGUGAAAUAUCUGUGAUCCUCAAAUUCAUCUUAUAUACAUUUAACCUGGAAAUUCCACUUUAAGGUUCAUUUUAAAAAAUGAGUUUGAUAGACACCAUAUUCUCUUCUUAAUCAGUUAAGGUGUGGACAGUUAGGAACCAUGAAUGUUCCACAGCACAGUUGCUGAGUUUUUUAUAAAUGGCAGCCACUGAAAAUGCUGAAAGUAGGCCAUGUCCCUGAUCUUUCCUGAGAUUGAAGAGAGCUCGUGUCCUGGUUCUCUCUCCACCCAGCAGUGAAGAGACACAGGCCUGCACAUCAAGUGAGGACAGGAGAGAGGAGCUGGUCAGUGGCAGACCUCUCAUCCUGGGAGGGAUGCCUGUGUGGUUUUUCCAUUUUAUUUUCCACUGCAUUAUUUAUAGUGUUUCAUUCUAUAUUACUUCUCUCCUGUUCAAUUCACUUAAGAAUAAAUAGUUGGUAUUUUCUUGAAUAGGUGAGUGGAAAUGGAUGACUUAAUACUCUUUUAUAUGUAAUGUAGGAUACGAAUAUAGAUGAACAUUGCAUGGAUCAGAGGAGCGUGGAAAGGAUGUGCAAGUGACUGACAGAAUGCAGGAAGCCAAUAGCAGGACAUGCAACAGAGAGGGUCUUCACUGAAAUUCAGGAGGUGGUGACCUUUGAGGAUGUGGUCGUGAACUUCAGCAAUGAGGAGUGGACUUUGCUGAGUCCAUCCCAAAAGAACCUCUACAGAGAUGUGAUGGGCGAAAUCUUUAGGAACAUGAUUGCAAUAGGAGGACUUGGGGAUAUCCAGGAAGUUGAAAAAGAAUGCAAAAUUUACUGGAGAUACUUAAGAAAUGACAAGCUAGGGCAAUCCUAUGGACAUACAUCUUGGAAUCAGUGUAAAGAAGUAUUCCUUUGUACUGCAGAAGGUAAUGUGAAUGUGAAAGAAGCAGAAACACACCACAAUGUUCAGAUCCAUGAAAAAUAUGGCAGUGGGGAGAAAUCCUAUGUAUGUCAGCAAUGUGGAAAAGGGUUCACCAAAUCUGGACAUUGUAAGCGACAUGAAAUAAUUUACACUGGAGAGAAACCCUAUGUAUGUAAGCAAUGUGGGAAAGGUUUUACCCAACAUGGAGCUUGUGAGCAACAUGAAAGAAUUCACACUGGAGAGAAACCAUAUGUAUGUGAGCAUUGUGGGAAAGGUUUUACCCAAUAUGGAAAUUGUAAGCAACAUGAAAUAAUUCACACUGGAGAGAAACCGUAUGUAUGUAAGCAAUGUGGGAAAGCAUUUAACACACGGGGAUAUUUUAAGAAGCAUGAAAGAAUUCACACUGGAGAGAAACCCUAUGUAUGUAAGCAAUGUGGGAAAGGUUUUAACAGAUACAGACAGUGUAAGGAACAUGAAAGAAUUCACACUGGUGAGAAACCAUAUGUAUGUAAGCAAUGUGGGAAAGCUUUUACCCGACGUAGACAUUGUAAGCGACAUGAAAGAAUUCACACUGGAGAGAAACCCUAUAUAUGUAAGCAAUGUGGGAAAGCUUUUAACACACAGGCAGAUUGUAAAAGACAUGAAAGAAUUCACACUGGAGAGAAACCCUAUGUAUGUAAGCAAUGUGGGAAAGCUUUUACCACACAUAGAUAUUGUAAGGAACAUGAAAGAAUUCACACUGGAGAGAAACCCUAUGUAUGUAAGCAAUGUGGGAAAGCUUUUAACACACAUCGACAGUGUAAGGAACAUGAAAGAAUUCACACUGACCAGAAACCAUAUGUAUGUAAGAAAUGUGGGAAAGCUUUUACCCUAUAUAGACAUUGUAAGCAACAUGAAAGAGUUCACACUGGAGAGAAACCCUAUAUAUGUAAAGCCUAUAUAUGAAAGCUUUUACCCAACGUGGACAUUGUAAGCAACAUGAAAGUUCACACUCAAGUUAAAACCAGUGUAUAUAAGCAUCAUGAGAAUUUUUUGAGCACAAGUACAUAUUGCAUAAUGCAUGAAAAGCUUCACACGGCAUAAAUCUUAUAUAUGUACUGAAUUUGGGAAAGGUUUCAGCAGAAAUGCUCAUUGUCCAAUAAAUGAAAAAAUUUACACUGUUGAGAAACCCUGUUUAUGUGAAUAAUGUGGGAAAGCUUUCACCACACAUGGAUUUUGUAAAAUACAUCAAUGACUCCACACUGGUGAGAAACCCUAUGCAUAUAACAAUGUGGCAAAGCUUUUAACACACACAGUCAUUGCAAAACACAUGAAACAGUUCACACUGGGAUGGCUACGUAAGCAAGUGGAGACAUUUUCAGCAGCCAGAUUGUAAGUGAAAUACAUGAAGAAAAUCACACAAGAGAUAAAUCCUAUAUGUUAUGUGAAUACUCAGCACACCUGAUCACUGUUAUAUAUCUGAAAGAGCUCACUGGAUCCUAUGUGUAUUAACAGUGUGAGAAAUAUGACAAUCCAUGUUUAUUGUUAAAUACAUAGAAGAAGCAGCACUCUUCAGACAGUUUAGAUCUAAGUUUACUUUAAAAGUUCCAAGAAGACCUGAAGAAAUAAUCAAUACAGUAGUUUGAUGUCAAUAUUUCUUCACAAAUUUUCCAGAAACAACAAAUCUGAAGUGGAGCUCUACUCAAGUACACAUUUUGUAUGGUUUUCAGUUAAUCACUUAUACCUCUUUAUUUUUUAAUGUGUCUUUGUGCUUCAACAUGGCAUCUUGUAAUUAAACAUGGUAAAUGAAAUAGGCUUUUCACUUUCAAGUAUGGAUAGUGUCUAUGUACUUAAUAUUUUGUCUUUAAAACUUAAUUUUAUAUUUUUGGUGAAUUAUUUUUAUUAAAAAAAAACCAAAAAUGUAUAGAAAUAAUACAGAAUUUCUGAAAAAUAAACAAUAAGAAGUCACUAGUUGAUUUGUUACAUAUUGUCAUCUUAGAAGUAAUUGUUCAAGUUACAAAAUUAAGCAUAGAAUGUGAUACUCAAAUAAUGACACUGCGAACAUUUUACCUCAGUGAUCCAACAAAAACUUAUUAAUAUGCUUAUAUGUUCUACAAACUUGUUUUUUACAUUAAAGAUCGUAAGAUUAAACAUGACAAAACAAAACAGAACAGUUGAUAAGGAAACAAGUUAAGGAAACACAGGUUUCAAAGCAAGUCCACUGAGAUGUUCAUUGUCUAUCUUACUGUCUCUAGUUUUUUUCCAAAUAGUUGUUCCCAUCUUCACAAGCAUUGAAUAUAUACUUAACAUUAUAGAACUAAUCAAAUAAUUACAGGAUGAUGCAGGCUUUUUUGAUCUUCAAGACUGAUUUUGGGGAAGUUGAUGAUUACCAUAAUGUGUCUCAUUCUCUUCAUAGUAGAUGUCUUUAUUUUAAUGUAUGCUGAAACUGAACAUAAGAGACUAAACUAAUAUACUCUGAACAGUGAAUAAUAGUAUCCUGAGAAGGAGAAAAGUGAGGAAUUGCCUAAAAAAAGAAGGCAGAGGACAUUGUUAAAAGUGUAUCAGGAUUUAAAAGCUAUAGUAGUUCUGUUGCUCUGUUUAUUUUGAUUAUAUUUUGUUCUGGUCUGUCUACUCAUAAUAGAUUUGAGGGCACAGAGAUGUAACCCAAAAAUAGCAGGUUAUACCAUGAUGGUAACUGUCCUUAAUUUCCUAUUAACUAAAACUGAAACCCUGUAUUACUUAUAUUGUCUUAGUAUGACUGAUCUUAUUGGAAGCUGGUUUGUUUGAAUGUUAUUUGGCCUUGACUGAUUUUAUUCACAUUUUUUAUGCUUGCUGGCAUCAAGUCCAAGAAUAGAGGCCACUUCUCUGAAGAUGAUAAGAUGUGAAAGAUAUAUAUUAGGUGGCUGGGGAUUUAGCUCAGUGGCUUAAGUUCCUGCCUGGCAAGUGUAAAGUAAUCCGUUUGAUCCCCAGUACCAAAAAAUGAAUAAAAGAUAUAAAUUCCAGUUUAAUUAGGUGUGCCUAACAAGAGUCACAGGAGAAAAAUCUCCCAAGCUUUCACAGAGAGCAACGUGGUGAAGCAAUCAUUGUGACUCUUGUAAGUGGCUGACACUGACAGAAGAGCCAUGAGGUGUUAUGCAUGGUUCUAAGAUAACUCCUGAGAAGACCUAAGUGACCUUGAUAGGAAGGUCUUUUGGCAACUCUUGUAGGUGGACUAAAUGUCUUUUGCAUAAUGGAUGUAUAUGAGUCCUGGGGGCCAGGGGUGGAAUGUCAUGGUUUAUGCCUGUGUCCCCCAGGCCUCAUGAGUUUGCAUUGUGCAUUUAUGAUGGUUCAUUGUCUAGUGUUCCGAUUGAUGGUGUCAGUCCUAAACCCACAUUGGGUGGAGCCAGGAUGUAAUUCAAUGGCAGGAAGAAGGUGUAUCUUGCUUUUUGCUGGUUCCUGUGUGCUUUUUGCAGCCUCCAUGAACUGUGGCCCAGCCAUACCUGCCUGCCUUGGAGCCAACUGAGUGUGAACUGAAACCUGCAAAAACUAUAAGAAAUAAAUCUUUCCUUUCUGAAAUUGGGCUUCAGGUAUUUUGUCUCAGCAACAAGUAAAAAGUAAUUAAGACAGAAUUUGGUACCUAGGAGUGGGGUCUUUUGCUGUGACUAUUCUUGACCAUGUUUUUCGAGAGGCUUUGGAAAUGGCUUGUGGGCAGAGUUUGGAAAGGUUUGGACAUGUCGCCUGGAUGUGUAGAGCUGGAGCAGCUUAGGCUGUUCUGUAGAGGGGAUUCUGGUCAGACCUCAGGAGACCAGAAGGCUGAUAGAAGGCUUGAUGAUAAAAACCAGGCUUGGGAGUUUUUUGUUGGGAAGAAGGACUGCAUUGGUUGUUGGACUCCACCUGAUGUGUGUUAUGGCUUGGCAGAAGGUUUGUCUGCAUUUUGCUACUGCCCAGAGACUUUGCUGAGACUGAGACAAAGGGCAAUGGACUGAUUAAUCUUGGAAAAGAAAUUAAAAAGCAAUCAAACCUUGAGGCUGUGGCAUGGCUAUUGUUGGGGGAUUUUAGCCAGAUUUAUGUUGCAUUUCAAAAACAAAGAGAUCAGCAGGGUAGUGUACAAUGCUGAGUUUGGCCAGAAGGAAAAUUCCAGCAAAACUGUGGAUUGCAAAGACAGAGUUGAGAGUUUGACUCCUGAGGAGAAACAGAGCGUUAAGAAAGAUGGCCCCAGGGCAUCAUAGGAAGGGGGUCCCCACUCUGUGCAACCUCACUGCAAAAGUGAAAGAAUUUGCUCAGUGGGAAAAGCUGCAGAGUGCCAUGUUCUAGAAUGGCAACAGAAGCCACUUGAGGUUCCAGAAUGCUGGCCCCUUUGAGAAGCUUUUCCUCACAAUCAUGUAAACAGAGCCCUGCAAUCCAGGCAACUAACCCCUAUUGCCAAAAGGCAGAAAAGCGUAGGUACUGCUCCAGUCAGCAGCAAUCCUUGGUGGCAUCCACAAGGUGCUGAUUUUAGGUGCAAGGAAAAUGCACAAAUUCUGAGGCAAGAUGGCAUCCACCUCAAUUGCAAAGUGCCUGGGAGGCCAAAAGGUGUGCCCCUGAGAGGGCAAUUUGUGAAGACGUAAGGGUGAAGCCAAAGGUGCGGUGGAGACUGCAGAUGUUUGAUAAAGGCAAGAAUGCGGUUGAUUCAAGGGAAGCUGCUAAAAGAGAGCAGAGAAGAUUUAAGAGAAAAGCUGUUGGAGUUAAAAUUGCUGGAAAUGCCAUGGGGGUGGAAUUACCCAAGCCUUUUGGAGUUUGCAACCAGAUUGCUUCUGAUGCUGAACAUGGAAUUCUAGGACUUAUUGUUCACCAUGCUGGACUUCUUUUCUCUCCAGUACUUUAUAUUCCCAUUCUUGUAACUUUUGGAAUGGUAAUGUUUACCUUGUGCCUUUGCAUUUGAGAAACGUUUAACCUUGUUUGAUUUGUACAGGGGUUACAGUUAAGAGUUUGCCUUAGAUCUUGGAGGAGACUUGGGAAUUGGACUGUUCAGCAUGCUGAAACAUAGGACGUUGUCAACUCUUGGAAGUGGACUAAAUGCCUUUUGUAUAAUGGAUAUACAUGAGUCCUGGGGGCCAGGGGUGGAAUGUCAUGGUUUAUGCCUGUGUCCCCCAGGCUUCAUGAGUUUGCAUUGUGCAUUUGUGAUGGUUCAUUGUGUAGUAGGUGGAUUGAUGGUGUUAGUGCUACACCCACAUAGGGGUGGAGCCAGGAUGUAAUAUAAUGGCAGGAAAACAGUGUGUCUUGCUUUUUGCUGGUUCCUGCUUGCUGUUUGCAGCUGUCAUGAAAUGUGGCCCAGCCAUGUACACCUGCCUUGGAGCCAACUGAGUGUGGACUGAAACCUCCAAAAAAUGAAGAAAUAAACCUUUCCUUUCUCAACUUGGGCUUCACGUAUUUUGUCUCAGAAACAAGUAAAAAAUAACUAAGACAGUAGUUAAUGCAGGUCUCAUGUUAGCUUGGCCUUGGACAUCCUGAAGAAAAGUCUGGCCUCUGAAGAUAUAGUGCAAUGUAAAAGCUUGGCUGAGGGGGGAGCUAGGAUCGCUAACAUCCUCUGACAAUUGCUGGCUAUUCUGGUAAAUGACUGCUGUUAUGAACUGAUGGACUAUGAUGAGUUUAAAUUUGAGUUCUCCUCAAUGCUUCCCCACCUUAAGCUGGCCACCCAUCCUGGAAGUCAACCAAACAAAAUAAGAGAGAGUUGUUGGAAAGGGUUGAAGAUGAAUACAUGUGCAGGGCUGUGGUGUGGCCUGGGCAUGAUUGAAUUGAGAAUGAGGUGACACUGCAAGGAACAAGAUAGGCUACAGCUGAGGCCACCUAGGCUUCCUGAAUAAUUUUUCCUAAUUAGAAUCAUCUGUUGCUUUGUGGGUUUCCUUGACCCUCUCCCAGGGGCCUGCUCAGCUUUUUACCAUUGUCCACUCACUUGCUUGCUUGUUCUGAUUAAAUAUGGGCUGCCUAGUGACAGGUGGCUGGCUGGUUAGCAGAGUUAUGAGUUCUGAAGAAGAUUUCACUCUUCCUGUUGCCCUCAAGACAAUGAGACUUUUCUCCUUCUUUUGGUCCUUUGCUGUGCACUUUUUUGGGGGCUAGGUAUUUAGGCAUAGGCUCCAAUAAAAACUUACCUUCCAGAUAGGAUAACUGUAAGUUUCCUGAAAAUUUUGUUGCAUGUAAAUUUUCUUUACCUGUAGAUGGAAGUGUUAUUAUCAACAAAUAUAUUGCUAACUUAUCAACAUAUGCUACCUUUUUAACAUAUCGAGGGGUAUUAUAGUGAUUUCUCAGAAGGGAUGAUUAUACACCUCUUUACAUGAUUGUGAGUAUUCUGCAUAACUUUUCUAAGUCAGUUCUUAUAAGUGAAAUUGGUAGAUAAUAACGGAGGUCUCCAUCAACUUGCUAAGUACUAUGUAACAUGAGUCUCGGUGUUUCUAGCAGUUCAUUUGUUUUAACCAUGAAUUCCUGACCAGAUGCCAGUUAUGCCUGCUUGGCACAGAAUGGAUUGUACAGGAAAUUAAGUGGUUUUGAUCUCCAAAGAAUUGCUGGAGUCAAACUGAAACAGGUAAAUGCUAAAAAACUGUUAGGGUUUACAUAGAUUAAAAACUCAUUUACAUAAUUAGUUGAAGAAUGAGGUGAUGCAUUUGGAAGAUUAUUCAGAACAUACAGCUAGCUGAAUUAUAUUAGAUAUUUAUUUCUUUACUUUUAUACCGGUACAAAAUACCUGACUUAUAGAAUUUAAUAUAAAUAUAUUCUUUAUCUCAGGGUUUCCAUGAGGGUUGUUUGAUUUUGACUGUUUCCAAAGCAUAAAUAUCUUGGAAAAAAGUGAAAAGGGAAAAGUAAGUUUUUUAUGAGAUCAAGGAGCCAGAGAACAGUUUCAGAACCUGAAAGAAGGAUCCAGAGACCAGAUUUGGUUCAUGGGUUCUAACACACAUGGCUGCAGUUUAUACAUAUAGAAGCAAUCAUAGUAAUCUCCUACACAUUUCUGAAGCCAAAAGGUGUUAACAAAUGGAUCACCAGCCUUUAGGGCAUAUAUGACUUCUAGGAGUAUUAAAAUCCUGAAGAGUGUUAUACUGAGAUGCUAAAAAUUAAAAUAAUUGAUUAAAAGAUAAUUAACAAAAAUAAUUACUUAAAAAGAUAGUUAUUAGUAAUAUUAUCAUUCUACUGAGCUCAUUGCCCUAGUAACCAUGCACCAACCACAUAGGUAUAAAUUAACUGACCGCGUCAUUCUCCUGUUCUGUAAUGCGUCAUGCCCCCCACCUUAGUGACCUGUGUCCUAUGUCAAAUUUUGUUUCCCUUGUAAGAAACAAAUGAUGCUGUGCCAACCACUGUUCCCUUUAUGAGAGACAAAUGUUCCUGGAAUUGGCAGACCAAGGGCUAUGAAUUGGCCAACCACCCACUGUGAAAUGCCUCUGUCCUCAAGCAUAGGGGAACAAAGGCCCACCUUAUUUCUGUUUCUCAUCACUAUGUACUUACUGAUCAAUGAGCUAAUCAUAAAUUAACUAUAAAAAUCAGUCAAAACUCUAACUCAGUUGCACAGCUUUGCAAAUUCCAUUUGCACUGUGUCGCUGGGCACACAGUGCAAAUAAAAGUGCUUCUUUUAAAAAAGAUGUCUUGUCCCAUUCGCAAUCUUGGGGUCUUGCCCCAUUUUUUCAUCAUGGGGCCAUGUUUUUUUUUUUUUUAAGUAGAGUACAACAAAGAGCUGAGUGCCAAUUAGUGACAAGGGAACUAUACAGCAAGGGGAACUUAGAGUGUGAAGUCCUUGGGUGUCCCUGCCUCACCAGAAGGAAAUGUUUAAUUGGAUUAGGUUUCAUUUCAGCAAUAAUUGUCACCCCCAUAUGGCAAAAUGAUCAGUUUCAGAAUUCAGCAUUUUUUUGAGCCUGAAUGAGUAGCACGCUUGUCUUGGAGUACUGAUGCUUGCUUUUAUUUCAUCCUUACUCUGUUGCAGACCAUUACUAUCAUUUAAAUGUAAUGUCUUCACUAUACAUGGUAACUGUGCUCCUUUUGUGUUCACAUACUGGGUUUUUUGGUGGAAAAUUAAUAGAAAUGAGUGAAAAUCAUGAAAAUGAAGUCUGCUGCCUCUAACAGAGACUUCCAACUCUCUGUUCUGUUGUGUCCUGCCCUGGCCUGUUGUCGGAAUAUUUUCUGACAUCAGUGGACUUUUAUUCCUGGAGGAUUGAACGUGAAUCCUGAAAACAUUUGCAGCCCAUUAUGGAAAGAGUCCACUGAUCCUUGAAAGAAAGCAGGGUAGCUAUGAAAUGGCAGGGAUAAAUAAGAAAUUUAGAGAAGACCUAACACCGUCACUUCGCAAAAUUUAAUGAAAUCAAAUGGGAAAUUGUACUUCUCAGUUCAUUCCUGGAAGCAAGCAUUACACUGAUACCAAAACCAGAGAACAAUCCAAAUAAGAAAGAGAAUUACAGACCAUUCUGCCUAGUGAACAUUGAAGCAAAAAUCUCCAAUAAGAUACUGGCAAACAGAGUGCAGAAUAUCAUCAAGACAAUUUUACAUCAUGAUCAACUGGAAUUAUUCCCUGGUACUCAGGGGUGGUUCAACUUACAUAAAUCCAUACAUAUAAUACACCAUAUUGACAAAUCCAAAAGCAAAACUCAUUUGAUCACUUCAAUAGAUGCAGAAAAAGAUUUUGACAAAGUCCAUCACCUAUUCAUAAUAAAAAACCUACAAAAAUUGGGGAGAUGACCUUUAUCUCAAUCUGAUAAAAGCCUUUUGUUACAAACCAACAGUCAACCACAUACUAAGUGGACAAACACUGAAAGCUUUCACUCUAAAAUCAGGAACAAAACAAGUGGAGACAACUGUCUCCACUCUUAUUCAAUAUAGUCCUGGAAACUAGCUGGAGUAAUUAGACAAGAGAAAGAAAUAAAAGGAAUAAAGAUAGGAAAGGAAAAGCUUAAAAUAUCACUAUUUGCAGAAGCCAUGUUACUCUCCGUAGAAGACCCUAAAAAUUCCACCAAAAGACUUCUAAUUUAAGAAGCAAAUUCAGUAAUAUAGCUGGUUACAAAGGCAACACUCAACAAUCAAUAGACUUCAUAAACAAGAAUAAAAAACUCAUGGAAAGAGAAAUCAAGGAAACAAUAACUUUUACAAUAGCAUCCAACCAAAUGAAAUACUCAGGAAUCAAUCUAACAAAGGAUGUAAAUGAUCUCUACACUGUAAACUACAGUAUUCUCAAAAUGGAGAUUGAAGAAGAUAUUCUAAAAUGAAGAGGUAUCCCAUAGUCUUGGGUAGGGAAAUUCAAUAUAGUGAAAAUGACCAUACUUCCAAAGCUAUUGUACAGAUUUAGUGCAAUCCCAAUCAAAACCCCGUAGCAUAUCUCAAAGAAUUACACAAAAUAAAUCCUAAAAUUCAUCUGGAACCAGAAGAGACCUAGAGUAGCAAAGGUGAUCCUGGGCAACAAAGGAAAGAUAGGGUUCAUCAAAAUCCCUGACUUGAAAUUAUACUAUAAAGUAUUGUGAUUAAAAAAAAAAGAUGUGGUACUGACAAAAAACGAAACAAACAAAAACCAGAUGCAAAGAUCAAAGGAACAAAUUAGAAGAUGGAGAAACAUCCCCAGACCACUGAACCAUCUUAUCUUUGACAAAGGUGCCAAACAGAGUCAUUGGAAGAAAAGCAGCCUCUUUAAUAAAUGGUGCUGGAAAAACUGGCUCUAUACAUUCUGAAUAUUAUCUUUCAAAGUGUAUUAAGCUAAGAUCAGAAUAGAUCAAAGAUCUUACAUUAAAACAGGAACCUUAAAUCUGCUGCAAGAUAGAGUAAGUAAAACUCUUGAAGACAUUCAUGUAAGCAAAGUCUUUAUGAAGAAAACUUCGAUUUUUGAACAGCAAAAAUCGAAGAGAAUUAAGUGAGAAUGUCACCCUACUGAAAAACUUUUUAACAGCAAGAAAAAUCACUAACAGAGUGAAAAGACAACCCACAACGUGGGAGAAAAUGUUUGCCAACUGUUCCUCAGACAAAGUAUUACUAUUGAGAGCACGAAAAACUAAAAAAUUUCAGUCUUCCCAGAUUUAAAGACCCAAUCCAAAAAUGUGCAUCUGAGGUGAAAUACACAGUUCUCAGAUGAAGAAAUAGAAACAGCAAAUAAAUAUGUGAUAUAAUGUUCUGCAUCACUCGUCAUUUAAGAACUGCAAAUUAAAUAACACUGAUAUGUCACCUUGCCCCAGAAAAAAUGCCUCCUGUCAAGAAAUGAAGCAAUAACGAAUGCUGGAGAGGUUGUGGGGGAAAAAGAACCCUUCUCCAUUGUUGGUGGUAAAGCAACCACUGUGGAAAUCAGUGUGGAGAUUCCACACAAACUAGGUCUACAAUUCCCACUCAACUCAGCUAUUCUCCUUCUGGGUAUCUACUCAAAAGAAUAAAAAUUAUCAUACCACAGUGAUAUAUAUGCACCCACGUUUAUAGCAGCAGUUUGUGGUAGCCAGAUCUUGGAUGGAAUGCAGGACCUCUAGCUUGCCAGGCAGGUGCUUAAGCUAAAUCGCUGGACCACGUUUUUUAGUUUUUAACUUUCAAAUAAAAUGGGUUUGGGAGAAAAACCAAGGACUGAGGUAAAGACUUUCAGUGCAAAUACCCAUCAGACGUGCUGAGGUCAACAUUCCAGAAAACAGCCAGCUCCAGAAGCCUCCACCAGCUUUCAUUGGGGAUCCACAGUUACAGGGUGUUUUAUUUUCUGCAAUUAUUCUUGGUGGGGAAGGCAGGCAGGAGAGCAGGAGCCAAUCAGUGAUGAAGAGACUGGCUGAAGAACUGUCCAAUCAGGCGGGCCAAGGUAGGCGGUGUCUUCCGGUGUCAUGGCGUCAAUUGCAAGGCCAGGGCACAAAAGGGAGAAGUAAAUGUUUGCUAGACCACUAUUUUUUGCUUCUAUUCGCUGUGGACUGCUUAGAAAGAACCUGGGAGACCUCCAAACUACGCAAUGGUGAUGUUAUGGGAUGGGAGCAGUGAAAUGGGGUGGAAUCCGAUUGAGACCAGUUAGAAGUGGUGAGAAGGGGCUGGGGGUUUAGCUCAGCUGCAUAAGCGCCUGCCUUGAAAGCAGGCAGUCAUGAGUUCGAUCCCCUGUACCGAUAAAAAGGAAAAAGACCAACAUAAAUAAAUAAAUAAAUAAAUAAAUAAAAAUAAAUGAAGAAAGAAAGAAAGAAAAAGAAAAGGAAAAAAAAAGUGGUGAGAAGCAGCUGUUCAGUCUAGAGCCUGUGUGCUUAGCCUCAGACCCUGAGGUCCACUAGUGCUAGCAGUGAGUUAUCCUGUGUCCCUUUUACCUCUCGCUGGCGCCAGGACAGUUCUGGGUCCCUAGAAUGCUGUCAUCACUGUGAUACCACCAGGCCACAAUGCCAUUUUUGAAAUCGCCUGCUGCCCUUGCUCCUCCAACAGUCUGGGCCCUGGAAGGGGCAUGAGGAGACUUUGAUUGCGAUGUGUUUUCAAGCUGGGUGCAGCUGUAAUAAGCCAGGUCUCUGCUCUCUUUCCUGUCAGCAACAGAUAAGAAAGCCAGAAGUUUAUAAAUGUCUGUGCUGCAGGACCUGAUAGCCACAACUGCUCUCCUUAAACUUAUGCAUUUAUGUAUUUUGUGAUCGCCUAAAUUUAUACUACGUUCUCAUAUUUCCAUGCUCAUGAAAGGUGGAGGCAAAGGUUCUGAGAAUUCAAAGACGUGUAGUGAUGUGCCUCAGUGGAGGAAGGCUUCCCAAACACCGGAUGAACUGCUGUGUAUUAUACAGAACAAAGCAAAGAAUUUCUGAACAUACUUUAUGUGACACAUGUGCUCAUAGACGAUGUUUGGGAGAACAGCCAUAGAGGUUUAAAUUUUGAGUAGAAUGAAGCAGAUAUAAAAGUGUCAUCAAGGGCAGGGUAAAGUGUGCUUGCUAAGACAAAUUCCAGAAAAGGCUGCCUGUUAAAUUCUCACUGAAAAAUGCCUAAAUGUAGUCAUUUGCAUGAACAUAUACAAGUGAUAUCCUUCUGAAUGUAAAGGAAUGUGGGUGUCAUCUCUAAAUUAAGAGGUGAUUUAAUAGCUUGGUUGAUCAUAUACAUUUUUGAAAUAUGGAAAUGCUCUGCAGUGGACUUUACUAAGUGGUGUAAAGGAGAUGCCAUAAAUGGAAAUUGUGCAGGGAUAUCAAUAGCUUAGUCAUGAAGGGUUUUCUGCUUAGGGUGGAUCAGAUGAGCGUGGAAAGGAUGUGCAAGUGACUGUCAGGACGCAGAGUGCCAAUAGCAGGACAUACAACAGAGAGGGUCUUCCCUGAAAGUCAGGUAGUUCUAGGGUAAGCAUGAAGUUAAAGUUGGUUUAUGAUUUCUUCCUUGAGGUGAAAAACACUAGCUCUGGUAAGAAUCAGUAUUCUACAUCCUUGUCAACAUAUGAAUUCUGUGUUCUUCACUUGAGAUCUAAUUUUGAUUAUCUCUAAUUAUGACCCAGUGUCAUGAAAGCAAAAUUUGAAUUUUUUUGUAACAGGGAUAGAACUCAUGAUCUCAAGCUUGCUAGGUAGGUGUUCAUGCUGCUGAGCUAAAUACCCCGCUCUGAAAGUGUUUUCUGUAUACUAUGUAUGAUAUUAACUUUGUUCCUCAGAAAUGUUGAAUAUUGUGGAAUUUUUCUAUAUUGUAUUGAUAUAAUUUUUAAAGCAAACCAAAGGUGUUGUGUGCAGUCACUUUUCAAGUUUCACAUUGUCUGUGGGGUGGCUCAGUCAGGGUUUCUAUAGUUGAGACAGCUCUGGAACUUAGGCUAGCCCCAAACUCAAGGAAGUUCUCCUGCAUCAGCCACCCAAGACAUAUUUCUUAUAUCUGAAUGGAGAGUGAUCACUUGUUGACACUGAGCUAUAAUUUGAAACUUGUACCUGGUUUCAUUUUUUAUACAUUUUUUACAUACAGCAGUUUUCCAUGAACAUUUGAGUUAUUAUUUAUGUAUCAUAUUUGAUGUUAUUUAUGCUUUGUUCUACGAAACCAAAUUUAAAUAUCAAGAUACUGCUUAAGUAUAUUAAGAACAAAGGACUCAGUGGCCUAAAUGAGAUUUGAAGAGAUAUUACUGUUAGUACAUCAAAGUGAUUCAUGAGAUAUUUGUCUGCCUCUGUGCUUUAUGGAUGCUGGUCCUGCAGGCUCUCACUAUGAGCUCUGCCUUGGAGGCAGUGCACAGGGACUCUUGCGGUUACUCACCAUAAGAAUCAGUGCACGAGAGGGAAUGAAAAGAAAAGAAAAAGAGCUCUAAGGGAUAUAACAGCAAGUGUGUUUAGGGGUGUUAAAUAGCUGACUAUAUCAAUGUGUUUGGAUCAUUGAACACAGCUUUUUGCAGUCUCCCUGUUUGAAUGUCCACUUUGUAUUCUUUGAUACUGUGAUUUGAGCAACUAUUUUCAAGAUGAUAAUAUGUAAUCUACUAACAGGUGAUUUCUUACUGUUAUUUUUUUUUUUUUGUAGUUCUGUAUUAGGUGUACCCUUACACUGCUUUGUUUUGUUUUGUGUUUUUCUCAUUUCCUCUUAAAAAAAAAAAGAAUCAGUGCUCCUAUUUGGCUGGUACGUUAGCUGUGAGUUGCAAUAUAGCAUCAAAUUUGCUGUCUCAAAAAUGUAUAUAUACAAAAAUUAAUCCCCAAGAUGUGGAAUAAAAUUUGAAGAAAUCACUCUGCAUUCAGCUGUUUUGUUUGCUUUUAUUUGUGUAGUUUAGUUUUGUUUUAUUGAGACAAGUUUUCUCUAUGUAUAUCAGCUAGAUUUGAACCAUUUAUGGAGCACAAAAUUGCCCUAACCUCAAAGCAGCAUUCCUGUCUGAACCUCUUGAGUGCUGGGAUUAUAGAACUGUGUGUUUGUACCCUAGAAAAUAUUGAGGCUUGUAACUUAGCUGUGUUGUAGGUUGGCUUAAUAGAUGCCAUCUUGAGCUUUGCAUUUAACUAGUGCCCUGUAUUUCACUCAGAAAAAUGGAAAAUCACUCAGGGUAUAAGUCCCAGGAGAAAAGCAAAAUGAGCUGUACCCAAAGAAAAAAAUUAACGUGCUCAACAAAAGAAGCAGAAUACAGUUGUUAUCCAAAAAUUAUUAUAAGAUUCUAGCUAAAUGAUUUCCAACUAUCUUUUGGUGAUUCUAUCUUUUAAAACAUCUCUAACUUUCCAGUUCAGAGCCUCUUGUUUAGAUCCUGAAAUGGGGGUGGGGGUUCUGUAUACAAGUGGUGCUGAGAGCAGCUAAUGAAAUUCCACAUUUCUCAGUUGGGUUGCUUGGCUUCCUAUAUUAUUGUUCACAAAAUCACCUCAAGCUGCAGAAACCUUACUGACACAAGCAAACCUCAGGAUUAAAUAACAGUGCCCCAGAAAUGAAAGAAUAGCAGUGAAAAGGAGAAGAGAAAAAAGACAAACACCAUGUGCUAUAAUGCCCACCUCUUUUCCCCAGCAAUGAAGAAACUGAAACAGGAGAAUGGCCAUAUAUUCAAAGACAGCCUAAUCUACAUAGUGAGUGAAAGGCUGCCCAGAAGUCCAAAGUGAGACUAUGUCUUUAAAUCAAAAACUAAAAUGAAAAAAAAAAAAAAACAACCAAGUAGACAGAAAAAUUAUUAAAAACAAACAAUAAUGAGCUGAGUGAAAUUUGAGUUAUGUAAAAUGGGAAUUAUUGAAUGGUGUUGCAGAGGAAAGAAGUCCAUGUAGUGGCAUCCAGGAGUCAGGGACUAACACAGACUUAGGAAUGACACCUAUUGUGCUAUAGGACAACAGUGACCUCCUUCCUCCAUUACAUUUGCAGUUCACUAGACUGAGGACUUCUAAAAGCUCAUGGAAAUGUUAAACUCAGGGCAAACAAGCAGCCUGAAAUUCUGGCUUUGGCACAAUGUCUUUAGCAGACACUUCAUAUUUAAAUUGAGAUAAGAGAAAUAUAAUCCUGCCCUGUUUGAUAUCAAAUGCAGCAAGUUUAAUGUCUCACAACAUUGAGAAAUGAAGUCAUAAACCAAAAGAAGUUCAAAAAUUUUCUUAGAAAAAAAGAAAGAAGAAUAGCCCUGAAUUUUCAGGAGUGGUCUUCGGGUUUUUGGCCCAGACCUAUUCUCAGGGGUCAUUUAUACAGGAAAGUCACAAUGUGGGUACAGUGUGGGUCUCAGACUACAAUCAACCUAUAAGCUUAUAGCUGCUUAACUAAUAAUAUUCAACAGGGUAACAAGUCAGCCAGAAAAGGUAUGUGGAAAGAGCCAAGGCAUUUUGUGGGAACAAUAGUCCAGGUGUUCUUGUCAUUGAGUAUGGUAAUUGAUGCCCAUCUGAACUUCCUGGAGGAGGUGGUGGUAACUGUAGUACAUUUCAAACUGUUGUUUUUCUCUUCAGGACCAUGUAGACCUGGUCACUUCAUCUUCACCUUCAGGUCUGGCUUUCUUCAGCUGUGCCUGUAGCAGUGAUUGUUGUAUUUAGUUUUUUGCAUUAACUAUUUGAGGUUCCAGUUCCUCUCUCAUUGUAUAUCAAUUUCUCUCUAAAUUGAUAUCCUUUGCUAAAAUCACAGUUCUAUUUGAAUGAAUAAAGUGAAAUAUUCAUUAAUACAGGCCAGGGAUUUAUCUUAGGAGGCAGAAACACCUGCCUGGAAAGUGCUAGGUUGUAGCUUUGAUGCCUGGUACAUAAAAAAAAAGUAAUUUAAACUGCAAGGAAAGAAAAUAAUUUCAUUUGUGAAAAUUAAGAUUUACAAAAUUUAUAACUAAAUAUGUCAAUGGCAAAUUAAACAUUGUUAAUAGUCAUAUUUAGUAUCUAAAAUGGUUGGGUCUGGAGAUUGAACUCAAGGAUACACGGAGCUUCCUGGAGAGCGCAAGGUCAAGAGUUCAAUCCCUCAUACAGAAAAAAAAAUCACAAUUGUCAACGAUGCAGUGCUAUGAGCACAUUUAUUGAAACUGAUACUUGGUAUUUAAUAGGCUCAAUGUUUCUUUUGUGACCUAUGAAAUACCUGCAGAUAACAUGGGUAUUACAGUGAAUGAUAUACUGUCCCUUAUAGGAUUGCUAUUUUCUGAGUUGGUUUUAUUUUUUGUUUUCCCACAUACUUGAAAGUUGAAAAUGUUGGCUGGUGCUAGGUAGAAAAACUGUGAUAAUCAUUUUUUCAAUUUAAUGAUAUAUAUCCGUAUAUUCAUUAAGAACAUUUUAUUUGCUACAGUUAGUCCAAGUCAAAUUGAUAAACAAUUCUUAAAUUUACAGGCAGCUGAGUUAGUUAGAAAUAGAGGCAACCAUACCAUGAUAUAGUGGAAUGAAAUUCCUGACCUUCCAUGUGUGGUAUGAGUUUGGGUUCUCUAAAGUGAAAGAAUGAAUUUUAGGAACAACAGAAAUUAAGAGCACAAUAUACUUCUUGAGAGAAAGAAAGCCACCUGAGAGAGAGAAGGGGUCCUGAGCGGGAUGCCAAACACUGUCUUUCUAGGGAACUUUGUAGAGUAAAAUCAUGUGGUAAGCUGAGUUUAAGGUGGGGAAAAAUCGGAACUCACAAUGCAGAUGGGCAUAAGAUGGGACAGAGCUAUGGUAGCCAAUAAGAUUAUAAGUUCAUGUAAAAGUUGAUUAAAUUGGGAACAAAGGGGAAGGGAGUCACAUAGGAAGCAGGCAUUCUUAGGCAGCAGUGACUUUUCCCUUAGGGUUAUGGGAGGGUGACACCUGAGUUCAUCAGGAUGAUAGGAGAUAUUUAAAAUGUCAGUCCUUAGAAUAAGCAUACUUUUCUUUGAAUGGUGAGUCCUGACCUCCUCAGAGUGCUAAGGCACUAUUUAGAAUAUCAGUCUUUAGGAUAUGGAUGAAUUUGCUUAUCAUUUGUCUUGAGACUUGGCCCAUAGCAUGAUGUGUCAGUCUUCCCCAUAGUUGCAUGGUAUCUCGUCUCCUGCAUGGACUCCUUGGAGGACCUAGCCCUGCCUUAUGGCAAUACUAUUUAAAUAACUCAGGUGCCUGUAACAGUACUGUUUGGAUAAUUGAUUACAGAUGUCUUGUGCUCUGGGUGAAUGAUCUGGGGAUUACAGUGUGCAAUGUAUAUUCAAGUGUUACCCCCGAUUGACAUGUUUUGAAAUUUAAUUUUAGUUGAUGUGUUCUUUUUUCAUUGAAAUAAAAUGGAUUUGAAAAUUAAAAGACUGAGGUAAAGCUCUUCAGUACAAACACUCCUCUGGUCGAGCUGAGUUCACCACUGUAGAAGAAUGGCAGCUCCAGAAGUCCCUGCUCUACAGUCUAUCUUUUGAGAUCCUCUCUUGCAGGGAGGGGUUCCUUUCCCUGUUGAUUCUUGACUCAGAAGGAGAGCAGUAGAGCAGGAGUCAAUCAUUGAUGAAGGGGCUGGCUAUAUGAAGUGUCCAAUUAUCAGGCUAUUGCUGGCUGUGACUUUUGUCUCUUCCAGUGUCUCAGCAUGAUUUACCUUUUCUGAGUAUAAUACUGGUAGCCAAAUGCUUGCUGCAUCUCAUUUAGUACUUUUGAUGUCCUGUGGCCUGAUUAGCAAAGAACCUGAGAGAUCCUGGAGCCAUGGAAUGGCGAGGUUGUGGAUGGGAGCCCAGAGAUAGGGUGGAUUGGGUGAAACCAGUUACAAGUAUUUAGAAGUAAUUCCGGUGUCUGGAGCCUCAGGUAUUUAGUUAGCUUCAGCUCCUGAGGUCCUCCAGCAUUGUCCAUGGGUCAUUCACUGUCCCUUUUGCCUCUUGCUGUUGGCAAGGGUGGUUUGGGGUCCCCAGAACCCUGGCUUCACUAUGACAGCAGCAGACUCAAGUAUCAUCUUUGAAAUUCACUGCUGGCCUGGUAACCCCACAAUCUUUGGCAUUGGAAGGAGCUUGAGAAGACCCUGACUAUGAUGUUUUUGUAGCUUGUAGAGCAGUAAUGAGCUAGGUCUCUGCUCUCUUUUCUCAUAGUAGCAGAUCUGGAAUGUCCAAAGUUUAUUAAUGUCUGUAAUGCAGGGCCUCAUAGCCACAAUGGCUCAACUUAAACUUGGGCUUUUUUGUAUUUGUAGCGAUCUCCUCAAUUUAUAGUAUGUUCUCAUAUUUCCAUCCUCAUGACAGGUAGUCUCAAAGGUCCUGCGAAUUCAGAGAUGUGUAGUAGUGUGCCUCAGUGGAAAAAGGCUUCCCAAACAACUCAUGAACUCCUGUGUAUUGUACAGAUCAGUGCAAAAUAAUUUCUGAACAUACUUAAUUAUUUAGGUGGCACCCUUGCUCACAGACUAGGUUUGUGAGAACAGCCAUAGAGUUUUGAAGUCUGAGAAAAAUGAAGCAAAUGUGAAAGUGUUAUCAAGGACGGGGUAAAAAUUUGUGAAGGACAAAUUCCUGAAAGGGCUACCUGUUAAAUUCUCAUCAAAAAAUGCUGAAAUUUAGGCAUUUGCAUGGACAUAUACACGUGAUAUCCUUCUGAGUGGAAAGGAAUAGGUGUGUGAUCUCUGAAUUAAGAGCUGAUUUAGUGGCUUGGUUGUUCAUAGACAGUUUAAAUAUGGAAAUGCUCUGCAAUGGAAUUUACUAAGUGGUGUAAAGGAGAAGCUCUAAACAGAAAUUUUGCAGUGAUAUCAAUAGUUAGGCAUUAAGGGUUUCCUGCAGAGGAUGGAUCAGAGGAGCGUGGAAAGGAUGUACAAGUGACUGACGGAACGCAGGAAGCCAAUAGCAGGACAUACAACAAAGAGGGUCUUCACUGAAAUUCAGGUAGUUCUUAGAGUAAGUGUGAAGUUAAAGUUGGGUUCUGAUUGCUUCCUUGAUGUGAUCAAAACCAGCUCUGGCAAAAAUGGGGAGGUGACAUCAUCACCCCGUACUGAUGAAGGACACAUGUGCAUCAUUCCUGGGGAACUUGUCUCCUAGCUGCUGCUGUCACUUCCUUUCCUCCCAUGCCAAUCAGACCAUGGGCUUUGUGUCCCUGAUGAGUAGUUUCCCUUUCCUAGAGGGGAUGGUGCUGAGCCUUUUCAGUUGUAAUACUCUUUGGUUGGUUUCCUUGAAGCAGUGUUUCCAUGCUGGGCUCUCUCUGUGCUGCCACCACCCACUAUUAUGUGGCUGAAGCAAGGACAUGCACCUGUCACCCAUCUUGUGAUGGCCAUUUUUUAUGUUUUUGGGUCAGACUUCAAAAGGAAGCUGCCACACUCAUUCUUACACAAGCAUUUGAGUGGAUACCAACAUUUAUUUCAAAGAAAAUGCAUCAUAUUGCUGGUGUAUGGAUAACUUAGAAAUUCUUGCUGUAUUUUUGGAAGCAGAUAUUUAAAGCAGAGUUAUGUGGUUCCUUUUUUAUUUAUUUUUGUGUUAUUAGGCUAUACUAUAUUGUGCUCUGUUAUGUUAUGUUGUAUGUUAGUGAGGAUUUUGAAAGUUCUUCAGGGUGUUUUCAAUACUUUCUGAUUUGGUUUUGUAUAACCAACCUAAUGAACUUUGAGAAUAUCAAAAACUUUGAGGAGUUUUGUUUUGGACAAAAUUUAAAGAGGAAAACACAAUCAGGGAUGUUGUUGCACACCUGUUAUUCCAGGACUCUGAAGGCCGAGGCAGAAAGUUUGUGAUGAGUUUUCGGUCAUCCUGGGCCACAACGGAAGAUCAAGGCCAGACUGAACUGCAUAGCAAACCCUGUCUGAAGAAAAAAAGAAAGAAGAAAGCGAGCAAAAAAAAAAUGAUAAAAAUGAAAAGUCAAAAAUAGACUUUCUAGUGAGAAAUCUUUGUGAGGUUCUUUUGCGUCUGUACGUUAGUCAGCACACCUAGCAUAAGGUUUACCAUAAUGGAGAAAUUGAUGUGCUCUGUCUUGCUUUGUUUUUUGUUUUUUGGCCUGUUUUUUUUCACACUUUUUUCUUUUCCUCUUCAAAGAAAAAGUAAAAAACUGUGGAAGUAAUGGAAACUAAAAUGCGCGAUUGUUAGUGUAAAAAAGAGAGGAAGGAAAGUGAUCUCCAGGAUACAACUGCAACUUUAUUUAGCUGUGUAGGAAAGAGAACCAUAUUGCUGACUUUGUCUUGGGUCAUUGAACAGAACUGACUGCAAUCUCACUGUAUUAAUCUCCACUUUGUAUGCUUUAAUUUUGUAAUCUGGACAGCUGUUUGUAACUUGACAAUGUGUGAUCUAUUAACUGGUGAACUCUUACUGUAUGUUUUUUUCUCUUGAAAUUCUGUGUUGCUUCUAGCCUUUUACUGUCUUGCUUCAUUUAUUUUUGUCUUUCUCUUUAAAUAAAAAAAAAACUUACUGGCUGAGCAAGGAAUGGUGAAAAUGCCUGUAAUGCCUGUACUCAAGUGGCUGAGGCAGCAGGAUUCCUGGAGUUCCAGACAAGCCUGCAACAUAUUCUGAGUUCAGCUCAGGCUCCAAUGACACAGCAAGACCCUGAAUAUAAAAUGAAAAUGAAAAAAUAGGGAAGAAAAGAAAGGAAAGAAGAAACAAAAUUCCUAGUGAUUUUGUCACUUGGUGUGCAUCUGGGCAAGCUGUUUUAGUCUGUGGUCCUUUUCUUCCAGUGUAAAACCCUUUUAACUACUGUUACUUUAUAGUACCUGGAAACUAGUAUUUUGAUGCCUCUACUUUUAAUGUUCUUUCUAUGGCUAUAGGAAGACUCUUUGUACUUCCUUGUGAAUUUUCAUAUUUUUUUUUUAUGUUUCUAGGAAAAUGGCACUGAUACUUUGACAGGAAUGGCACUGAAACACCUGGUUGCUCUGGGUAGCAUGUACAUUAUAACAUGAAUUCUUCCCACCCCUCAUCACAGUAUGGCUUUUCUUCUGUUAGUGCUCUUCUACUUAUUGCAUUCCAAGAAGAUGUGAGUUUGCUUCAGUUUCCCUAAUCAUUAGUUAUUUUUGAUUAUUUGUGAAAUGAAUUGUGUUCUUUGUAUUUGACACUACAAUUUGUUUGUAGUACGUAGUAACGAAUUGAUUAGAGCAUGUUGCUCAUGUAUCCUGCAAUUUAAGUGAUUUGUGAAUUAGUUCUAUAAGGUUGUCAAUGUAGUUUAAAUUUCUUAUAUACAAUGCUGUACCCUCAGGAGAACUGUAACAACAAUUAAUUCUUCCUUUCUGAUUUGGAAGGCUUUGCUUUCUCUUUCUGGAUUAAAUUCUAUGGCCAGGACUUCGAGUACUGUAUGUUGAAAAGAGUUGCAAGCCUUGUCUCCUUUCUGACCCUAGAAGCUAAGCUUGCAGCUUGUCAGCACCUGAGCACCAUGUCAAGGAUGGAGCUUGUCAUGCUGUGCUGAGGUCCAUUCCUCCUACUGAUAGUCUAUGAAUGAUUUAUAUCAUGAAAAAAUGGUGAACUUUUGAGGUUCUCAAAGCUGUCUUUCCAAAUCUCUUCAGGGGUUAGCUGUACCUUAUGCUGUGAAAGUGUGAAGCAACACUUACUAGUUUGUGCGCGAGAGGGAAUAUUCUUGCACCACUGAGAUUGAGCCCAGUGUUGAUUGUGUUGGUUAAUUUUGAAUAUGAUGGUGAGUUAAUGUGGCAAACAUUUAGCUGAAUACUUUUGUGUAUGUUCAUUAGGAAUAUUAGCCAACAGAGCAUUUUCAUUUAUUUUAUUUUUAACACAUUAUUAUCUGGCUUCAUUCUCAGGAUGACUUGUCACUUAAAAGAAGUUGGUGGUGGUUUUUUCUUCAACUUGAUGGGAGAAUUGAAAAACAAUCAGUAUUCAUUCUUUACCACAUCCUGGAUAAAAUUCACCAGUGCACUUAUUGUAUCCUAGCUUUGUUGUUGUUAUUAAGCAGCUGUGAUGUUUACCCAUUGCCUGUGCUCCUUAUUGCUCUGUUCAUCAGACUUGUUUCCUUCUGAUGCGUGUAGUUUGGGGACAUCAAUGGACACCACAUAUCCUUUAAGGGUCACAUCUCAUUUUAUUUAUGGAUGUUACCAUUUACUUUUGUAUAUUCAAACUAUCUCCAUAAUAUAUAAUUUUGUGAGUAACUCCUUUCAGUUACUCAGUUUUUAAUGCACACUCUUGCAGGGUUUGGUUACUGCUGGAGGAAAGUGGGGCUGGUGAGGGCCUGGUCUCUUAUUUAAGGCUUUGUACCCUGACCAGCCUGCAGUGCCUCCAUCACCUCACCUGCACCCUGUAAACACCUGUCCUGUUCCAUAGCUAUGGUGAGUCCACAUGUGGCAGUUCAGAUCUGCACCUGGGUGGAAAAUAUUCAGUCAAUUUGAGCUCUGUAACAGACUGACCUUCUCAUGCAGAGCUCCCCUGAGUGAGACAGGGGGCCUUAGGCAUGUAGGAAGGAGCUCUAGAACCAUUUCAGCUUUUUCCUUUCCAGUGUGGAAUGUGUGACGCUUUCCUUAGAACUCACUGAUGGAUGAGGCAGCCUGGACUGGGCCUUUUUUAGCCAUGGUUCCUGCUAGGUGCCAUGGUGUCCUGCACCUCUGCCUGGACCAUCUCUCUGACUUUACAUCUCCACGUAGAUCUGAGCAGACUCAGUCUUCCUAUACCAGGCUCUAGCUCUAUGCUGAGGCUUCAGGUGAAAUAUCUGCGAUCCUCAAAUUCAUCUUAUAUAUAUUUAACCUGGAAAUUCCACUUUAAGGUUCAUUUUAAAAAAUGAGUUUGAUAGACACCAUAUUCUCUUCUUAAUCAGUUAAGGUGUGGACAGUUAGGAACCAUGAAUGUUCCACAGCACAGUUGCUGAGUUUUUUAUAAAUGGCAGCCACUGAAAAUGCUGAAAGUAGGCCAUGUCUCUGAUCUUUCCUGAGAUUGAAGAGAGCUUGUGUCCUGGUUAUCUCUCCACCCAGCAGUGAAGAGACACAGGCCUGCACAUCAAGUGAGGACAGGAGAGAGGAGCUGGUCAAUGGCAGACCUCUCAUCCUGGGAGGGAUGCGUGUGUGGUUUUUCCCUUUUAUUUUCCACUGCAUUAUUUAUAGUGUUCCAUUCAAUAUUACCUUCUCUCCUGUUCAAUUCACUUAAGAAUAAAUAGUUGGUAUUUUCUUGAAUAGGUGAGUGGAAAUGGAUGACUUAAUACUCUUUUAUAUGUAAUGUAGGAUACGAAUAUAGAUGAACAUUGCAUGGAUCAGAGGAGCGUGGAAAGGAUGUGCAAGUGACUGACAGAAUGCAGGAAGCCAAUAGCAGGACAUGCAACAGAGAGGGUCUUCACUGAAAUUCAGGAGGUGGUGACCUUUGAGGAUGUGGUCGUGAACUUCAGCAAUGAGGAGUGGACUUUGCUGAGUCCAUCCCAAAAGAACCUCUACAGAGAUGUGAUGGGCGAAACCUUUAGGAACAUGACUGCAAUAGGAGGACUUGGGGAUAUCCAGGAAGCUGAAAAAGAAUGCAAAAUUUACUGGAGAUACUUAAGGUAAUUCGCGCUCAUUGGGAGAAGGAAUGUUCCUGAGUAAUUAGUGAGUCAGCAGAAAAAUGCCACCAAAGAAAUGAGGCAAUAUUCAAUUUAAUGUAAGUAAUAUUCUCCGAAGAUGUAUAAGCUAGGGUAUGGAUAAUGAGUGGAUUAAAUGAAGAAAAUGUAUGAUAUUGCAUAUAGAUGUGUAUGAAAGGCAUACACUUUGAGUUAUGACAUUCUCUCUUCAGUUUUUCUACCCAUAUAUACAUGUGAAUACAACACAUUCAUCAUCUAAAAAUUGCUAAGAUUGCAAUAGAAUUUGAAAUAAAACGGAGUUCUUGUGUUUCCAAGCCAUGCUCUGAAGAAUCAGCCAUUCUGACUAAAAUUCUUAGAAGGCUGCUAGAAUGUUAAGUGCACUCAUUCUGAAUAUCAGUGUGCAGUUGUCUCUAGAAAUUGAUCCCCUCAUACUUGUUCUGGAUAUAUUUUAAAAAUUCAAAAUGCACUUAAAAUACUGAUACAUGCUUGCUCAUAUACAAAGCAGAUCAAGUUAUAAUAGAUCAGGCCUUUAAGAAGCUUAGCUAUCUAUCACUGGAUUUGUUGAGAAGGAAAAUAUUAAUAGACUCUCUGUGAUUGUGCAUACCUAUAAAUCCAGCACACAAGAAAUCAGAUUUUGCAGAAUGGCAAAUUCAAGUUUAAACUUCACAGCUUAAUGAUCAGCGAAAAUGUCUUAAAACAGAUUUAAAAAGCUAUAGAUUUUAUGCUAAAAGCUGUUGUUCAUUCCCACCAUGGAAAAGAAAACAAUGUGUUAUAUAAUGACAAAAAAUAAAUUAUAUAAUGUCAUUUGCCAUAAGAAAUAGGUGGUUUUUUGUCCCAACAAUUUGGUGAAAUAGCUCAGCUAUAAAACCUAAAAGUUCACAGGGUUUCUUUUAGAUGAGAAACCAAAAUAUAAAUUGUGGAAUGAAAUGAAAGAGUUAAUAGAGAAAAGUAAGACUGACCAUAUGGAAAAGGGAACUACAGGUUAAGGACAGAAGGGAGAUUGUGAUGGGCAAACAUAUCAGAAUGAUCUGUAUGUGAUACACAUAUGUACCCAUGCCCAAAGUCAAGAUAAGGAUUCUGCAUUUCAAAAGGUAUCAAAUUUUAAGAUUUCCAAAUGUGUAGCAUUCUUUUGGGAAUGGUUGUUUUCAACAUGUCUUACAAGGCCAUUCUGUUAUUUCAUGGUCAGAAUUUCUUAGCAGGCAUUAAAAACAAAACUUGACAUUAAUGCAGUCAUUAAACUGAGACCCAUUUCACUGUGAAUGUUUCUUAUUUUUUUAUUUAAUGUAAGGAAAGAGUAAAAAAAAACAAAAUAAGUAGAAAUGAUACCACUUUCAAAGUGAAAAUAAACAGAAAUCUAAAGACAAUGAUUACAUAUGCUGCUCAGAGAAAUAAUGAAAUACAAAAGUGAAGCAUAUGAAGUGGGGAUUCAAACAGCGAGACUGCAAAAAAUUUUGUUCAAAUCUCCAAUAAAAACUUAGUAAUAUGGUUAUCAAUCUGAUAUGUGAUUUUUUUUGACAGAAAUGACAAGCUAGGGCAAUCCUAUGGACAUACAUCUUGGAAUCAGUGUAAAGAAGUAUUCCUUUGUACUGCAGAAGCUUCCAUGAACUGUGGCCCAGCCAUACCUGCCUGCCUUGGAGCCAACGGAGUGUGAACUGAAACCUGCAAAAACUGUAAGAAAUAAAUCUUUCCUUUCUGAAAUUGGGCUUCAGGUAUUUUGUCUCAGCAACAAGUAAAAAGUAAUUAAGACAGAAUUUGGUACCUAGGAUUGGGGUCUUUUGCUGUGACUAUUCUUGACCAUGUUUUUCGAGAGGCUUUGGAAAUGGCUUGUGGGCAGAGUUUGGAAAGGUUUGGACAUGUCACCUGGAUGCGUAGAGCUGGAGCAGCUUAGGCUGUUCUGUAGAGGGGAUUCUGGUCAGACCUCAGGAGACCAGAAGGCUGAUAGAUGGCUGGAUGAUAAAAACCAGGCUUGGGAGUUUUCUGUUGGGAAGAAGGACUGCAUUGGUUGUUGGACUCCACCUGAUGUGUGUUAUGGCUUGGCAGAAGGUUUGUCUGCAUUUUGCUACUGCCCAGAGACUUUGCUGAGACUGAGACAAAGGGCAAUGGACUGAUUAAUCUUGGAAAAGAAACUAAAAAGCAAUCAAACCUUGAGGCUGUGGCAUGGCUAUUGUUGGGGUCUUUUAGCCAGAUUUAUGUUGCAUUUCAAAAGCAAAGAGAUCAGCAGGAUAGUGUACAAUGCUGUGAGUUUGGCCAGAAGGAAAAUUCCAGGAAGACUGUGGAUUGCAAAGACAGAGUUGAGAUUUUGAUUCCUGAGGAGAAACAGAGAGAUAAGAAAGAUGGCCCAGGGCAUCAUAGGAAGGGGGUCCCCACCCUGUGCAACCUCACUGCAAAAGUGAAAGAAUUUGCUCAGAGGGAAAAGCUACAGAGUGCCAUGUUGUAGAAUGGCAACAGAAGCCACUUGAGGUUCCAGAAUGGUGGCCCCUUUGAGAAGCUUUUCCUCACAAUCAUGUGAACAGAGCACUGCAAUCCAGGCAACUAACCCCUAGGCCAAUAGACAGAAAAGUGUAGGUACUGCUCCAGUCAGCAGCAAACCUUGGUGGCAUCUACAAGGUGCUGAUUUUAGGUGCAAGGAAAAUGCACAAAUUCUGAGGCAAGAUGGCAUCCACCUCAAUUGCAAAGUGCCUGGGAGGCCAAAAGGUGUGUCCCUGAGAGGGCAAUUUGUGAAGACGUAAGGAUGAAACCAAAGGUGCGGUGGAGACUGCAGAUGUUUGGAAAAGGCAAGAAUGUGUUUGAUUCAAGGGAAGCUGCAAAAAGAGAGCAGAGAAGAUUUAAGAGAAAAGCUGCUGGAGUUAAAAUUGCUGGAAAUGCCAUGGGGGUGGAAUUACCCAAGCCUUUUGGAGUUUGCAACCAGAUUGCUUCUGAUGCUGAACAUGGAAUUCUAGGACUUAAUGUUCACCCUGCUGGACUUCUUUUGUUUCCAGUACUUUAUAUUCCCAUUCUUGUAACUUUUGGAAUGGUAAUGUUUACCUUGUACCUUUGCAUUUGGGAAAUGUUUAACCUUGUUUGAUUUGUACAGGGGUUAUGGUUAAGAGUUUGCCUUAGAUCUUGGAGGAGACUUGGUAAUUGGACUGUUCAGGAAUACCGAAACAUAGGACGUUGGCAACUCUUGGAAGUGGACUAAAUGUCUUUUGUAUAAUGGAUAUACAUGAGUCCUGGCGGCCAGGGGUGGAAUGUCAUGGUUUAUGACUGUGUGCCCCAGGCUUCAUGAGUUUGCAUUAUGCAUUUGUGAUGGUUCAUUGUGUAGUACGUCGAUUGAUGGUGUUAGUGCUACACCCACAUAGGGGUGGAGCCAGGAUGUAAUAUAAUGGCAGGAAAAAUGUGUGUCUUGGUUUUUGCUGGUUCCUGCUUGCUGUUUGCUGCUGCCAUGAAAUGUGGCCCAGCCAUGUACACCUGCCUUGGAACCAACUGAGUGUGGACUGAAACCUCCAAAAAAUGAAGAAAUAAACCUUUCCUUUCUCAA